AUGCACAUUGCCGUGGCGUGGUGAGGCUGGUGGAGCCACUGCAGGAAGGAGGGGGGGCAAGCCCGUGUAAGGACAUGAAGGAGCAUAUUACAAUAGAAUUGUUCUAUUAUUGAGGGACAUGCUUAAAUGUUACAUUGCAAAUGGGCCCCUCGUUAGAAUGUCUAGCCUGGGCAGAUAGAGAUAAAGAACAAGGAUUUAUUGUCACACAAGGAUGAGGGAGGUUGCAGGAAUCAUAGAAUCAUAGAGUUGGAAGAGACCACAAGGGCCAUCGAGUCCAACCCCCUGCCAAGCAGGAAACACCAUCAGAGCACUCCUGACAUAUGGUUGUCAAGCCUCUGCUUAAAGACCUCCAAAGAAGGAGACUCCACCACACUCCUUGGCAGCAAAUUCCACUGUCGAACAGCUCUUACUGUCAGGAAGUUCUUCCUAAUGUUUAGGUGGAAUCUUCUUUCUUGUAGUUUGGAUCCAUUGCUCCGUGUCCGCUUCUCUGGAGCAGCAGAAAACAACCUUUCUCCCUCCUCUAUGUAACAUCCUUUUAUAUAUUUGAACAUGGCUAUCAUAUCACCCCUUAACCUCCUCUUCUCCAGGCUAAACAUGCCCAGCUCCCUCAGCCGUUCCUCAUAAGGCAUCGUUUCCAGGCCUUUGACCAUUUUGGUUGCCCUCCUCUGGACACCUGGAAGGAGGGAGAGAAGACCAAGACCUUAUAUGGUAAUAUAGGAACUUAUAAGUUUCGAUUUCCCAGAAAUCAGGUGACUUACAAGAAAUCAGGUGACUUACAAGAGAUCAGGUGGUAUUCUAUUUUGCAAAUCUAUAUAAAGGGGCGCACCCUGACUACUGUGUACAGGUUGCGUACUGAUCGCCCUGUGCCUUUGUUCUGCAUAUGCACUUCAAAUAAAAAAUCCUGUUAAUAACCUGCAAGAGCGUUUUGCCGCUUUGUGUGAAUCUGUGCUUCAGGGACCGAAAUAGCAGAUAUGUGUGGUCCUUCAGACAUAGGAAGUUGCUAUAACUUUCGAUUUCCCAGAAAUCAGGUGGUAUUGUAUUCUGCAAAUGUAUAAAAAGUGGGCGCACCCUGACUGGGGUGUGCAGAUUGCGAGCUUAUCGCGCUGUGCCUUUGUCCUGCAUACACAUUUCAAAUAAAUCCUGUUGAAUCCUGCAAGGUUGGUUGCCACUUCGUGUGAAUCUAUGCUCCAGGGACCCAAUAGCAGAUAUGGAAAAUGUCCAACAAUAGGAAUUUGUUCAUUCCCCCCCCCCAAAAAAAAUAGUCUGGCCCACCACAUGGGCUGAGGGACGGUAGACCGGCCCACGGCUGAAAAAGGUUGCUGACCCCUGAUCUAUUAUUCCCUUAAGUGAAGUCUUUUGAAAGCGUGCAUGAAAAGUUUGCAUUUAAAUCGAACACUUUGCACAGAUGUUUGCACCAUCUAUGAACCUGUGUAUGCAACAGCUGAGCUGCACAUUUGUACAAUUAUUCACAUGUCAUGUUCAAUGAGUGUGCAGCUGUGUUACUCCCCGCCUGGAACCCGGAGAGCUGCUGACAGCCAGAGUAGACAAUACUGUGCUAGAUGGGCCAAAUUUUCUGACUCAAAUGUCCAGAUGUUCUAUACAAGGCAGCUCCUGGUGUUCCUAUAUCCCUGUAUUCCAUUUCUUUGCAAGCUAGAUGGUCGGGUUAUUAUUAUUAUUAUUAUUAUUAUUAUCAUCAUCUGUAAAUAUUCGAUAAACCAUUUCCAUUCUUUUAUAAAUUGUAAACAGUUAAGAACAUUGGCAGGAUCGUUGUCAUAACCUGCAGUUUUAUAAGAGUAUAUAUUUAAAGUAGAUGAAUAAAUGAGCAAAUUAAGUUAAUUUGGAUAUGCAGAAGAUAUUAAAAAUAAAUUUAAGGAACCGCAGAAAGAGGGGGAAGGAAGUCAAGCUUUGAAAUGUUAAAAUGACUGUAAAAUUAGUGAAAUGUAUAAACCUGAAAAGUAUAUAUAUAUAUAUAUGUGUGUGUGUAUAUAUAUAUAUAUAUAUAUAUAUAUAUAUAUAUAUAUAAUAUUCUAAUUUGUUCUGUACGUACCAUAGCUGAGCUGGACAAAUCAGCAGGUGAGCAAUCUUUCACACAAACGCUUUUAUACGUGUAGAUAUCUCGUGUACCUGCCAGCUGCAAACAUCUCUUAACUUUCUUAUGGCAAAUGUUGAGCCAAGCAGAUGUGUGCGGAAGAAGAGGAACAGGAAACACUGCGUUCUGCUGCUCUCUUGUGUCCAAAGGCCGUUAUAGCACAAACACAGUGUCUUUGUAACCCCACCCGCUCACAGACUUGUCAAUUGUGGAGGGGGUUCGUUUUAUUUACCUUCUGUUUUGAGCCUGGAAAGCCCCAUCGCCUGUAAAUACAGCUAUGCCCCCCUUACAUGCACCAGCAAGUUUGACCUUGAGUGCUAAAAUGGGCAAAAGGCAGGCUUGAAGGUUCUCUUCGGAGCUGGAAACAGCUGGUGUUGGUGUCAACUCGGGCGCUUCCAGAAAGCCUGUGCGUUGCGCAUUCGUCUUGAUUUGUUUGCAGGGAAGUUCGACCAUGCUAGCGAUUUGUUUAAUUCUAUUAAUGCUUAACUGUUGGUUUUUUUAAAUGUUUUCUCUAUAAUUUUAGUGAUUCAUGUUUUCAUCUUUAAGCCGCCUUGAGUCUUGUUAGGGGAAAAGGCAGAGUAUAAAUAAGAGAGAAUAGCUAGGUUGAUCUAACAAUAAAUAACAACAACUACAACUACAACUUAUUAUUUAUACCCCCGCCCAUCUGGCUGGGUUUCCUCAGCCACUCUGGGCGGCUAACAACAGAAUUAAAAGCACAAUAAAACAUCAAACAUUAAGGAGAUGCUCCUUCAGGUAUACUGGCCUGAGGCUGUUUAAAAGGUCAGCACCAACACUUUGAAUUGUUCUCAGAAAUGUCCCGGGAGCCAAUGUAGGUCUUUCAGGGCCGGCGUUAUAUGGUCUGGGCGGCUGUCCCCAGUCACCAGUUUAGCUGCCACAUUCUGGAUUAGUUGCAGUUUCCGGGUCACCUUCAAAGGUAGCCCCAUAUAGAGCGCAUUGCAGUAGUCCAAGCGAGAGAUAACAAAGAAUCAUAGAAUCAGAAGGGACCCUGAGGAUCAUCUAGUCCAACCCUCUGCAAUGCAGGGAUAUGCAGCUGUCCCGUAUGGGGAUCGAACCUGCAACCUUGGCGUUAUCAGCAGCACGUUCUAUGUUCUGUGCCUUUGAGAGCUUCGUGAGAAUCAGGCAGAAGAAUAACCAGUGCAGGGUCCGUCCCCCCAGCAUGGAAAUUGAGUACUGUAGUUAAUAUUGCAGAAUCGUACCCCAUUGGGCAAAGGGUGAGAGCCCUGUGCGGAAUGGGACACCAAUGUUCUCAGCAUUUUCCAGGAUCAGUAUGCGAAAAUUGGCUCAUAAUCCCGCGCGUGAGAUGACAUCAUUUCUACUCGCUCUGGCUCAUAUUCACGAACCGCGGCUAAGCCUCAGAACUCUAAGGAUUUGGACAUUUGUAGAAACCAACAUCAAACUUAACGAGAAGCUUCUAAAGGUUACUGGGUCUUUGUAGAUGAUCAAGAAGGGAAAACGUACUUUGAACAAGCAAUUCGUGGCAGGAAUCAUUAAUAGGCAGCCACUCUUUUGAGGGCUGGCGUGGAAAAGAUUUGGAUUGUUGGCUACAGAGGUGCGUAGGCUACAUUUUGAAAAUGAAAUGAAAUAUAAUUUCAAAGAGGCACGGAACUGAUUGAUCUUUAUCUGUAAACAGAAUGGUUAAACAGACAGUGUAAACAAACCAACAGAUAAAUGUCAGUAACAAAAUGGAGUUGAAAUUGAUUUUGUUAUGUUUAGUUCCAGUAUUCCUCCAAGGAGCUCAAAAUGGCUUUCCAUGAGAGACAGUGAGAGGGCCACAACAACCUUGCGAGGUAGGCUCGGCAGGCCCAGAGUCACCCAGCAAGCUUCAUGGCUGAGUAGGGGUCUAAGUAGGGGAUCCUAAUCCAAAAAAAUUACUGAAACAAAUAUAUAUUUUAAAAACAAAAACCAUCAGAGUAAUUAAAAAGGGAGGGGACCUCCUUGCUUCCUCCUACUUCUUUUCUGUAUUCUCCACACCAUGGGAAAUUAAUUAAUUUAGAAAACGGAUCAACUAAAUGUAACAUUUGAUCAAAAUGCUUGCCCAAGUGGUGUACUAGUUAAGAGCAGAGAUAAGACCCAACUGAUAACCACAGUCUCAGGUUAAAAACAAGUAUGCACAAAACCAUAGGUAGGCAAAUUAAGGCCCGGGGGCCGGAUCUGGCCCAAUCACCUUCUAAAUCCGGCCCCCGGAUGGUCCGGAAAUCAGCGUGUUUUUACAUGAGUAGAAUGUGUCCUUUUAUUUAAAAUGCACCUCUGGGUUAUUUGUGGGGCCUGCCUGGUGUUUUUACAUGAGUAGAAUGUGUGCUUUUGUUUAAAAUGCAUCUCUGGGUUAUUUGUGGGGCAUAGGAAUUCGUUCAUUUGUUUUUUUCCAAAAUACAGUCCGGCCCCCCACAAUGUCUGAGGGACAGUGGACUGGCCCCCUGCUGAAAAAGUUUGCUGACCCCUGCACAAAACCACCAUCAUCGAAACCAAAGAUAAAAAUCAAUAAAGCAGACGGAGAGGGCAACAGUUUAGUUUCUAAAUUACGUACAGUGGUACCUCUGGAUGUGAACGAGAUCCGUUCCAGAGCUCCGUUCACAUUCUGAAAUGAACGCAACCCAUGUCUGCGUGUUUGCGCGUUCGCGGGUCGCUAUUUACCGCUUCUGCGCAUGCGCGUGACAUCAUUUUGAGCGUCUGCACAUGCACGAGUGGUGAAACCCGGAAGCAACGUGCUCCGUUACUUCCGUGUCACCGUGGAGCGUAACCUGAAAACACUCAACCUGAAGCACAUUUAACCCAAGGUAUGACUGUAUCUGGGUAGGUUUACUAAAAAACAACAACCCAAAACCAAAAAAAUCAGCUAAAAAUGAAUUAUGGGGAGAACGAUUUGUAUCUGCUUCAUAGCAUCUGCACUGAGCACAAUGCAACUCCUCUGCAUUGUGGAAAGAAUAGGCAGUACCAGACGGGGGCAAACAACCCCCCCACUAACACACAAAACAAGGAGCUCACCCCCCUAACUUGCCUUCCAAUUUCUGAACUAAUAUUAACACAUACUGUCAUUUUUUCUUUCUUGUACAAUAUGCUUUUUAAGAUGCUGCCUAGGUUUGUCAUUGCUCUUCUCCCAAGAAGCAGGCGUCUUUUAAUUUCGUGACUGCUGUCACUAUCUGCAGUGAUCAUGGAGCAGGAAACGGCAAGCCAUUCCUGUAUCCCUGCCAAGAAAACUCCAUGGACAAAGACAACAGGUUUGUACAAUAUAGGCCACCUUUCUCUCCAGGGAGCUCAGUGGGGCAUAUAUGGUUCUCCUCUUCCUCAUCUAACCCACCAACCCUGUGAGGUAGGCCAGGCUGAGAGGGAGUGACUGGCCCAAGGUCAUUCAAUGAACUUCGUGGCCAAGUGCAGGGUUUGAACUCUGGUCUCCCAGGUCUAAGCCUGGCGCUCUAACCACUACACGGCACUUUCGCUCCCUCCGCUAGAAAUUUAGCUUUGCCCCUUGUGUGCGUGUGUAUCCCAACCCCCAGAAUUUUUUUUUUGCUGUUGCUGCCACGGAGGGAAAGCUGCAGUUCUCUGACGGCGUAGGUGCCGCGCGUUUCCUUUCUUUCAAGAAACCUGGCCCUGCCACAGCCAUAACUCACACGAGCAGGUUCGUAGGAACCUUAGCAAAAGCAUUUGUAGCAUAUUCUCUAACCACAGGCGGCCACCCACGCCUUUGGUUUGCAGCGAGGGCUGCUGGAGAGCUUUUUUUCUUUCUCGCCUCGAAAAACUCGUGCAAAAAAACACACACAUCAAAUUGAAGCCAGGAUUUGUCUUCUGGUCUCUGUGUUCCAAUUCCUCGUCUUGGAUGAUUUUGCCUCAAGUUCACAGGGCGCAAAGUAGACAUUCCAGGGGUGAAUCUGUACAAUAUUUAGACGCCGGAGUAAAACGGCCCUAGAAAGCAUCUUAAAAAGCAGAGACAUCACCUUGCCAACAAAGGUCCGUAUAGUUAAAGCUAUGGUUUUCCCAGUAGUGAUGUAUGGAAGUGAGAGCUGGACCAUAAAGAAGGCUGAUCGCCGAAGAAUGGAUGCUUUUGAAUUCUGGUGCUGGAGGAGACUCUUGAGAGUCCCAUGGACUGCAAGAAGAUCAAGCAUGUCCAUUCUUAAGGAAAUCAGCCCUGCGUGCUCACUGGAAGGACAGAUCGUGAAGCUGAGGCUCCAAUACUUUGGCCACCUCCUGAGAAGAGAAGACUCCCUGGAAAAGACCCUGAUUCUGGGAAAGAUGGAGGGCACAAGGAGAAGGGGACGACAGAGGACGAGAUGGUUGGGCAGUGUUCUCCAAGCUACCAGCAUGAGUUUGACCAAACUGCGGGAGGCAGUGGAAGACAGGAGUGCCUGGCAUGCUCUGGUCCAUGGGGUCAUGAAGAGUCGGACACGACUAAAUGACUAAACAGCAACUCAGCUCUUCUGGCACUGACUGGCAGCAGCUCUCCAAAGAAAGUUCGAUGAAAAUAGGGAGGUCCUGUUUUUGUAAAUCACCUUGAGAUUCCCCCCCCCCAUAAUCGAGUGGUAUAUAAAUUUCACCAAAUCAAAUAAGUAAAUAAAUAUUAUUCCCCUAAAGCCUACUUAGAUAUGUAGAAUGUCAACAAGUGUUUUGAAAACUGGUUUUUAGCCUAUUGUUGAUUUUAAUUAUGCUUUCGAUGUUUUCAAUAGCUGUUUUAUUAUCCAGGUAUCUUUAACUGAUAAUGUUAUUGCUUUAUUCUUUUCGUCAACUGCUUGGUAACAAAAAACAAAAAAACCUCGAUCAAACAGGGUAUAAGCUUUAUUAAAUAGACUAAAGAAAUAAAAAAAAGAAAUUUAACCUCCCUGGAAACAAAGGAACACUCAAUAAAGGCUGGGGUUAAUCGUCUAACUUCCGCAUAAGCAAUGCGUUAGCACAUUGGGAUAAAGGGGUCAGUCUCAAUAAAGAGAUAUUCUGGGGGAACUCAAGAGUUUUCCAUUGUGUAGACAGGCAGAGUCCCCCAAACCCUGGGCAGCCCCUGUGUGGAAUAGCGACUCAAGACAACGUGCUAUGGGAUCAAAAUUGGCCACAACUUCAUUAUGUUUCAGAUGGCUCAGGCAUUGGGCAUUUAUCCCUCCCAGUCCCCCGCCGGGGAUCUGGGGAACAUCAGGGUUAUCCAGUGGGGGGGGGCAUGAGCUGGCUCUGGAGGACAUAUAUUCAAGCAGAGAGAGCCCGCCCUCUUUACGCUGCCGUUGCAGGGUAGAGCAAUGACAACCUCUAGGCGCACAGCCAAUGCCUCCCCUCAAACAACCCCUUUAACGGGGAACCCUGGUAUCGCUGCCACAAAGCGGAGGGGGCGUGGGUCACCGCUGCACGCGCCCCCCCCCCAAUUUAGGGAAGAUAGACUAAAGGAUUCUGCCCAAGGCCUGACACCGCCAAAGUUGUGACGUUUUGCUACGGGGAAGGCAAACCUGCCAAUGCAGAGGAAUUCAUUUCCGGCCCUUCAACAGCGACCUUGACGUAGCAGCGCCCACGUACCUGUGGAGAAAAGGUUAACCUGCAAAAGAAGUCUUAACUGAGGGUGGGUAGGGUGGGAGAAGCUCUGGAGCCAACUGAUGAUUCUCAGGUAAGAUCCAACUGAUGAUUCUCAGGUAAGAUCCCGCAGGGCUCCCUAGGCUGCGGAUAGCAGCCUGCUGCAUGGAGCGCGGGGCGCGCUGAAGCAGAGCGCCCCGUGCUUCAGGCAGAUCUCCGCAGCCUAGGGAGCCCUGCGGGAGUUCCCGUGGCUGGGGGGGGGGGGGGAAUAAAAUUUUUUUUCUUUAUUCCUCCCCAAAAAAACUAGGUGCGUCCUAUGGGCCGGUGCGUCCUAUAGGGCGAAAAAUACGGUACUUAUCAACUGAGAUCGGACUCGUGAACCAAAAUAGCAAUGCUCCUUACCCCACAUUUAUUUUUAACAGUGGCAAAGUUUUAGGAAUACACAGGACCUCUUACUGGGAUCUGUUUGAAAGAAGAUAUCUUCAACGAACUCAUUUUUUUUUUAAAAAAAAUAAUAUAUCUGUUUCUUAUAAUUGUAUUUCACCCACUUCAGGAAAGAAAAAGGCUUCCAUUGAAGAAACCAGAGGCCUUCCUCCUGGGCAUAGUCGGCCAAUCGGUGCUAAAGAAGGACAGAACUUUCUUUAUGUAUGCCACAACAGCAGCAAGAAUACUUAUUGAAAAGCAUUGGAAGACACAAGACCUACCCACACUGGAGGAAUGGCAGAUGAAAAUGAUGGACUACAUGGAAUUGGCGGAAAUGACUGGUAGAAUCCGAGACCAGGGAGAAGGGUCGGUGGAAGAAGAUUGGAAGAAAUUUAAAGACUACUUACAGAAAUAUUGUAAAAUUAAUGAAUGUUAGAAUGAUGUUGGAUUGAAGUUAAGUGGUUUCUAGCUGUAAUGGUAUAAAAGAAUAUGGAAAAAUUGGAUUUUCAAUACGUAAAAACCUAAUGCUAUAAUAUAUUAAGAUUAAAGAUCAGGAUUAAAAAGGAGGGAAAGGAAUUGCUGGACUAAUAAAUUGAACUGGAAUACAAAAAAGGGAGGUAUGAGGAGGUCCGAGAAACAAGUAAAUGAAAGAGAAGUGAUGAAAAGAUGGAAUUGUUUUUAAUUGUUGUUGUUUUUUUGUAUUUUGUAUUUUUCUUUUUUCUAUUUUUCUCUUUCUUAUCUAUGUAUCCUUCUUUUGAAACCUUAAUAAAUAUCAUUUAAAAAAAGAAAAGAAAGAAAAAGGCUUCCAGCAGGAGACCCUUGUCAGGACACAAGUGCUUCUUGUGCAAUUUGCAGGAUAAAAGGUCCUUACUUCCACUGAUGUUAAUUUCUCAAACAAUCUUGUUAAUUUGCAAAGCACCAGGAACAAAUAAUGAUAGUGCCUUUGAACUUUAAAGGUCAGCUGGGUACUCAGACUGCAGGAGGGAGGUCUAAUUGAAGUUCUAGGGAGCCUGGAGUUCUUAGCAAGGGGAGUAUACCUAAAUGGAUUUUAAAAAUAAAGGUGCAUAUUGCAGUUUAAAUUGUGGCUGAGGAGUUGGAAUUAAUAAUAAUAAUAAUAAUAAUAAUAAUAAUCUGGCUGGGUUCCCCCAGCCGCUCUGGGUGGCUCCCAACAGAAUAAAAAAUCAAUAAAAUAUCAAACAUUAAAAACUUCCCUAAACAGGGCUGCCUUCAGAUGUCUUCUAAAUGUGAGAUAGUUGUUUAUUUCUUGGACAUCUGGUGGGAGAGUGUUCCACAGGGCGGGGGCCACUACCGAGAAGGCCCUCUGCUUGGUUCCCUUUAACCUCACUUCUCACAGGGAGGGAACCACCAGAAGGCCCUCAGAGCUGGACCUCAGUGUCCGGGCAGAACGAUGGAGGUGGAGAUGCUCCUUCAGGUAUACAGGACCAAGGCUGUUUAGGUCUUUAAAGGUCAGCACCAACACUUUGAAUUGUGCUUGGAAAUGUACUGGGAGCCAAUGUAAGUCUUUGAGGACCGGUGUUAUAUGUUCUCGGCGGCCGCCCCCAGUCACCAGUCUAGCUGUCGCAUUCUGGAUUAGUUGUAGUUUCCGGGUCACCUUCAAAGGUAGCCCCAUGCAGAGUGCAUUGCAGUAGUCCAAGCGGGAGAUAACUAGAGCAUGCACCACUCUGGCAAGUCUGUGGGCAGGGAGGGUCUCAGCCUGAGUACCAGAUGGAGCUGUUAGACAGCUGCCCUGGACAAAAAAAUUGACCCUUGCCUCCAAGAAAUGUACACAAACACUGUUCUGCUCCCAGAAGAUCUGGAGAUGGCUAGCAACUUAGGGCUCAUUUGCACGUCUGCUUGUUUCAUGCCUUGAAAACACAGGUCUAAGUAGUAUUGCUGCUCUUUAGCACUAAAUCAGAACAAAUGACAAUUCAUAGAAAACUCAAUUGGUGUUUGUUGCAAUUCAUUGCUAAACUGUGGGUUUUCCCAGGGCAAAGCUGCAGGGCAACCAGCAAUGUGGAUAAGCCCUUAAAGGUAAAGGGUAAAGGGACCCCUGACCAUUAGGUCCAGUCACAGACGACUCUGGGGUUGCGGCGUUCAUCUCGCUUUAUUGGCCGAGGGAGCCAGCGUACAGCUUCCGGGUCAUGUGGCCAGCAUGACUAAGCCGCUUCUGGCGAAUCAGAGUAGUGCACGGAAACGCCGUUUACCUUCCAGCCGGAGUGGUACCUAUUUAUCUACUUGCACUUUGACGUGGUUUUGAACUGCUAGGUUGGCAGGAGCAGGGACUGAGCAAUGGGAGCUCACCCCGUCGCGGGGAUUCGAACCGCCAACCUUCUGAUUGGCAACUCCUAGGCUCUGCGGUUUAACCCACAGUGCCACCUGCGUCCUGGAUAAGCCCUUAGGUGACUUGAAAAGUAGAUUAUUAUGCAUUGCAGGGGGUUAGACUAGAUGAUUAUUGGUCUCCCUUGCAACUUUACCAUUCUACGAUUCUAUUCUUUAUAUUAUUUACUGAAUUUGAGUGCCCAGCUGCAGACCCCUCGCCUCCGGGAGCCUAGGCCCAGAUAAACAAGACACAACAAAGUAGUUACAGGAUUAAAAUUAGGCCACAACUUUAUUAAAUUUCAGAUGUGGGAAACCUUGGCUUAGGCCUUGGGUGGGUAUCCCUCUCCGCCCCCAAGGAAGGCUCAGAGUCUGGGAAGUUGUGGGAUGACAAUGAGUGGUCAGAGGGAGAAGAGAGAGAAGACUGAGGGGGAGGAAGGAAGCUGAAGAAGGAAUAGGGUUUAGUGAGCAGGAAGAAGCUGUGGCAGAGAGCAGUGCAGAAGCAGAAGCAGAAGCUGACGCAGGCAAGUGGAAGGAGAGAAGUCAAGAGGCAGGGAGGAUUCCGGCUGGUGGAGCAUCCCGAGUGUCUCCCCCUCCUGCAACAAGCUCUGCCCUCCCCGCCCCAGUCUCCCAGGGUGUGAUGGCCUAGGAAUCUGAUUCAGAAGCUGAAUCUGAGGAGUCCCAGCCUGCACAGGAGUCCCCGCCUCCAGGGCCGGCUGAGCCGGGGCAGGGGCUUGAAUCUGAAGGGCCUGCACCUGUGUCGGUGUUAGGAUAUUUCCGUUCCACCUUAAAAGGGAGCAGGCUUUGUGAGUCAGAGUCUGCGUAUUUCCUGUUCACAGGAUGUUUAUGUUUUCUGUUGCUUUCGUUUUCUCUCUGGUGUCUGGAGACACUGACGCAGGCAGUCAUGUCUUUCUUUGUUCUGAUCAACGCAGAAUAAAACUUGUAAAUAAUGCUCUCCUGGGUGCAACUUUUGCUGUGACUAUCUGCUGAUAGAGUGUGCAUGAGCUCUGGAAUGUGGCAAGAAAUCUUCUAGAAACUCAUGUCGCUAAUUGUUGAUACUGCGUGACUACGGGAGGUCAAUGGAUCGUCCGGCAGACGGCUUGGGGGCCUUGAUGGACUUUAUCUCCCUGGCAGUAUCCCAACAACAGGUUUCGGGCCCAGAUUCACAGCACUUACAGGAGAGUAAGACUGCGACAGACUGCUGAAAGGUAUGUGGAGGAAAAGCGAAAGUAAGGCUUUUCUGUUUGCCGCGGCAAGCACCUUUGAUGUCCGGCUGGCAGAUUAAUGGAUCUGGGAGCCGCGCCAAAGGCCUCAAGAUUUAUGAGCUGCCGAGAUAAGACGUCUCUGAAGUGAAUAAGAUUCACGGCUCAAGUAGAAACCUGGAAUGGAGUUUUUCCACGCUUCUGAGGCUGCUGAGUGCCCAAAGUUGAAUCGGCACAAUUAUGGGACCUGGGCUGUGUGGUGUGAGAGCUUGCUGCGUCAGUUUGGAGUGUGGCAUACUGUGUCUGAAGCCCCUCCAGUUCCUCUGACAGAUAGAUGGGAGGCCGAAAAUUCAAAGGCCGUUGACAUAAUCGUCUUGUCCGUCUCUCUGGAGGAAAUAAAGACGCUAGCUGGCAAUCUGACUGCACGAAAGAUGUGGCAUGCUUUGAAGAUAGCCCAUUUGCCAGUCAUCCCAGCCCAGAGUUUGACUGCAUCGGAGGUCCUGGCUGUUUCCCAGAAUGCGAGUGAAUGCAGGGAUGCUGAGGGCACCGGUUGCAAGCUGCAGGGGAGCUGACUGUCACGUCAUCCCAGGCAGCAUUCCAGCCUCCAGGGGAGCCAAGGAGUCGGCAGCUGAGAGCUCUGUUUCUCAUGGGAGCCAAGGUCAUCGCCUUUGCAGAGGCCGGAAGGGCAAAGGUAAACAGAGGCAGACGCCUGCAGAUGGCCAGAAGCAGAGGGAGGGUGAAGAGCCCACGCCAGAGAAAACAAGGUUUUGUUUACUGGCACAGCUUCACCAAAGGCUAAAGGCAAGUCUGAUGGCCAGGAGCAGGGGGGCAAGCUGCAAAAGCCCACGCCGGUGGAAAACAAGGUUUUGCUUGCUGCAAAGGCUGCUCCAAAAGCCAAGGCCAGGUUUGUUGUUGAUUCAGGCUGUACCCGCCAUGUCUCAAAGGACCGCCACCUAUUUAUCUCCUUCAAACCUCAAGAAGGUGAGAUCCACCUGGCUGACGGAAAGACGUUGCGAAUUGCAGGAGAAGGGACUGUGAAACUGGCAAGUCUGCACACGACCAUCAAAGAUGUACUGUAUGUUCCAGGCGCUGCAGACAAUUUGCUCAGUGUCCCACAGCUGACUGGGCGUGGUUUUGAGAUUUCCUUCAAGAGGAGCGUCUGUGUCAUCAGAAAAGGCAAAGAGGACAUUUUGCAUGCAAAGUUUAUGGAUGGCUUGUUCUGUAUAACUUAUGAUGACAUUGGUGCUGUUGUGUCUAAUGCUGAUUCUUGUUGUGUUGCACAAACUAACAAAGUUCUUCAUGCAGGAUGCAUUCACGAUGCACAUCGAAGGUUUUGCCAUCUCUCUUGGAAGGCACUGGCCAAGAUGCCAGAGAUGGUUGAGGGUUUGAACAUCAAACCCUGUAAGUUUCACAUGAAAUGUGUAUCUUGUGCAGAGAACAAGGUGAAGGUUGCUCCAAAAGGCAAGGAGUCUAGCAGGCAGGCUUCCAAACCCUACCAGCUAGUGCACGCAGACCUGGUUGGUCCACUUGCGCCCUCUUUGGGUGGAGCAAGGUACUUCAUGGUUCUAAUUGAUUCUUUUUCCAGGUACAUUCAUGUGUUUAUGCUCGAGCAGAAAUCGCAAGCGUUUCCUAAGUUCAAGGCAUUCUGUGCUUGGUUGGAGAAUGUUCACGGUAAACGCAUUGGCUGUUUGUUUACUAAUCGAGAGGCUGAAUUCACUUCUCGGCAGUUUGAAGCUUUCCUGACUGAGAAGGGAAUCCAGCAUAGCCUCUCAAGUCCUGGAUCUCCAUGGGAGAUUUGUGAGCAAGCAAAGCAAAUGUUGCUGCAAGGACUGAAAACAUUGUUGCAUGAUGCCAAUCUCCUGAGAAGUUUUGGGGGAGUCUUUGAACUCGUUUGUUUACACUUUUAAUCGCAGAUUGUCAUCACCUAUUGGUUGUACUCCCUAUGAGAAGAUGUUUGGUAAGAAACCCAACAUCAAGCACAUGAGAAUCUUUGGUUCUGACAUGUGGGUACACACCCCACAGAGCAACAAGCUUGGGAAGCGUGGGGCACAUGGUUUGUUCAUGGGGUACGAAAAGGUGCAUACAGGGUAUGGAUGACCAACUCUAAGUCCAUUAAGUUCACAAGGAGUGUUGAGUACAAUCCUAAGUGGGGGGAAAAUGUGGGAAUUUUCCAGAGUUACCCAGAGGAGGAUGAAGGUGAUGUCAAAGAAGCAGCUAAAGCUGAGGAAGCUGCUGAGGAUGAUGAUGAUGAUGAUGAUGAUGAUCAGAGUUCUGAUUCCAGUUCAGUGGGCGGCGCUGCUGCUGAUGCCAGUGGCAGUGAUGACACUGCAGACUACAAGAGCGCAAAAGCCUCAGUCAGACCAUCUGAUGCGUCUGACAAUGAACUGGAAGAACCACUGUUCACCAUUGGUCACUUUUCUCCUAAGAAGGAGGAGAUGAGUCCAGAAGACUUGCGUCUAGUACGCAGAUCUGAGAGAGCCACGAAGGGCAGACCUCCAAAGAGAUUUGCUGAUGAGUUUGCUAAGACAGCAACUGCUGUUCUUAGUAGCUCAGAGAAGGUAUGGGAACCUUCAAGCUUCAAAGAGGUUCAGGAGUUAACCUCUAAAGAUGCUGAGCCUUGGCUUAAUGCCAUGAAGGCUGAAGUUGAUUCCUUGAACAGGAACCAAACUUGGGAACUGGUACCGGUAGUCCCAGGAAUGAGACUGGUUGGCAGCAAAUGGGUCUUCAAGGCCAAGACAGACCAGAAUGGCAAGGUUGUCAGACACAAAGCCAGAUUGGUUGCCAGAGGUUUUUCACAGGUACCAGGACAGGAUUACCACGAGACCUACUCACCCACCGUCAAAUAUGAGAGCAUUCGGCUGAUGCUCAAGAUAGCUGCAGAGGAGAAACUGCAUGUUUCCCAUCAUGACAUUAAUACAGCUUUUUGUACGGGAUUUUGGAGGAGGAGCUGUUUAUGCUUCCACCUGACGGGAUGCAGAUACAGAAGGGAAUGGUCUGUAAACUGCGGAAAUCCUUAUAUGGUCUCAAGCAGAGUGCCAGGUGUUGGAACACGAAACUCACUGAGACGUUGCUUUCUCUAGGUUUUCACCAGGGCAAAGCUGAUCCAUGUGUGUUUGUCAAGGAGGAGGGGCAAAACAAACUGUAUUGUUUAUGUUUUGUUGAUGAUCUUCUGAUGUUUUGGAAGAAUCAGGCUUUCUACCAAAGCACCCUAGCUCAGCUGAAGGAGCACUUUGACAUGAAGGAUCUUGGUGAGGUAUCCAACUAUCUUUCUCUGCAGGUGGAGAGGGACCAAGCAGGUAAUUUUCUGGUACACCAAACACAGAAAAUUGCUGAUGUAUUAACCAGGUUGAAUUUGGUUGAUGCAAACCCAGCAGACACACCGAUGGUGACAGGUUACCAGGUAGACAGUACUGCUGAAGCGUUUUCUGACACAACGCUGUACAGAUGCAUUCUAGGCAAGUUGAAUUUCAUUGCUAGAUGCUCAAGACCUGACAUAGCUGUAAGCUGUAACCUGCUUAGCAGACAUGCUAACAAUCCUACUGUUCAGGAUUGGAAAGCUCUGAAGCGCAUAGCCCGCUAUUUGAAAGGGACUUUGCACUACAGGCUGAGGUUCACCAGUCAGAAGACUGGAGGUCUUGAAAUCUUUGCAGAUGCAAGUUUUGGAAGUGACACCACGGAUGGUACAAGCACUUCUGGAGUAUGCUACAUGUACAACCACUGCCUGUUUGACUGGUUGUGCAAAAGCAGACGACAGUGAGCCUAAGUUCCUGUGAAGCAGAACUCAAUGCUCUGUCAUUUUCACUCAUGGAUUGUGAAUGGUUGAUGCAACUGUUUAAGGACAUCGGAGUUUCUGUGAAAUGUCCUGUACAAGUGUAUCAAGACAAUAGAUCGUGUUUGGCUUUGCUGAACUCGGAGAGUUGCAAGCAAAGGACCAAGUACUUGCAGAUUAAGCUACAUCGUGCAAGGGAGUGUAUUCAGAAAGGACUCAUUCAGGUGUCCUACAUGCCAGGAAAUGAAAUUCCUGCUGAUCUGUUGUCUAAGGUUGUUAACAGAGAACAACUUAAGGUUUACGUACAAAGGUUGCAAUUGGGUUGAACCACAGGUACUACAGGUUACACGGAAAGGGGAGGAUGUUAGGAUAUUUCCGUUCCACCUUAAAAGGGAGCAGGCUUUGUGAGUCAGAGUCUGCGUAUUUCCUGUUCACAGGAUGUUUAUGUUUUCUGUUGCUUUCGUUUUCUCUCUGGUGUCGCAGACACUAAAGCAGUCAGUCAUGUUUUUCUGUGUUCUGAUCAACGCUGAAUAAACUUGUAAAUAAUGCUCUCCUGAGUGCAACUUUUGGCUGUGACUAUCUGCUGAUAGAGUGUGCAUGAGCUCUGGAAUGUGGCAAGAAAUCUUCUAGAAACUCAUGUCGCUAAUUGUUGAUACUGCGUGACUACGGGAGGUCAAUGGAUCGUCCGGCAGACGGCUUGGGGGCCUUGAUGGACUUUAUCUCCCUGGCAGUAUCCCAACAGUCGGGUCCUCAGGAGCAGACACCAGAUGUAUCCACUCUGGCUCCAGAGGUGAUUGAGGACCCAUUGCCUGCAUGUGCACCUCUCCCAGCCCUGUCAGGGGAAGGUGAAGCUGCCCCUGGGUCCAGUAACCCUCCAGCCUCUUCUGAGCUGCAGAGGCUCAGGGCAGAGAGGCGGAGGGAACUGGGUUCUCUCAGGAGGAGUGCUCGCCUUAAGGCCAGGAGAGGCGGGUCACCUGUGGGCUGGGACCGCCCCUGGCCUCAGAGGAGAUAAAGGCCAGCCAGCCCAGUCCCAGGUUGCGGGAGCAACGAUGUUGGAAACCUGUUUCUGCCAGCACCCAGACCUGUUUUUCCGGAGUUCCCGACCACGCCCGGCUUCUUGCUUUGGACCCCGCUUCGCCCUUGGUGGAGAGUCUCCAGACCCUCGGCCCAGGACCGGACUUUGACCAUGCCUCGCGGUAACACCCCCCCCCCCCCGGGACCAGCACACAGGACCAGCAGAGGCAUGAAGAGGGUGGAGGAGAAGUUAGCUUCAUGCAGGCGCAGUCUCAGAUUGCUUGGGGGCAACUUUAGAGAGGAGGGGAACUGGGCAGCUCUGGGGAAGCAGGGACCUUCAGUCUCAGCAAUUGCUUCAUGGGGGCAAGACCUGCCGGAGAUGAGUUGCUGUGCUCAUCAGGCCUGACACCCCUGUGCAGAUCCUGUUUUUGCUAACAAAGAGUUAACUCCAAUGUGCUCAGUGUGAUUUACUGCUGGCUCGCUCCAGCCAGAAUCAUAGUCCAAAACACCUGAGAGGCAAAGAAGCUGGCAAAGAGUCCACUCCGCUUUUGUUUUUUUAAAACCCACAUAGAUAUCGGCAAUCUUUGAAUCCUCUUUGACAGGCAGCGGUUGAAUAAUUGCCAGAAUCAAAUUAGCAAUCUCUGAAACGCAGUGAUUAACGGCCCCGUCUUAAAUCCACAGCGACGGCAUUGUGUUUGAACAGCCUGUCAAGGGAAGCGGAGGUCAGGCUGAGCGGAAGCAGGACUGUCAUGUGUGGAGAUGUCUUCUGAUCGCUCUGGGUGCUGUUAUCAAUUAUUUCCCCAUUAAAGAACAAAGCUCCUUUAACACCCCCACACCCCCGCUAUGCUCAGGCAGCAUCUCAGAGGAUCUUGCCAUCGUUUAAUGGCUUGAGGCUAAUUAAGCAUUAGUCACAUUAAAACACUAAUUGGCAAGAUGCUCUGGUGCAUGCAAAUCAGCAGGAGCAAGUGGCGCCGCUCUCCUUGGGCUGUACCACCAAAGCAAUGGGUUUAAAUGCUCCACCAAGUUUUAUUGUUUGUUUUUUUUUUAAAAAAAAAAAACCCCACUCCUGCCUCUUAGAAAGCUAGCAGGCCAGGAAUGUAGGAAGUCAGACCAUUGGUCUAUUUUGCCUGGUAUUAUUUCCUAAACUGGGUGGCAGCAGCUCUCCAGAGUUUCAGACUGGGCUCUCUCCUAGUCCUACCUAAGGUAAAGGUAAAGGGACCCCUGACCAUUAGGUCCAGUCGUGGCCGACUCUGGGGUUGCGGCGGUCAUCUCGCUUUACUGGCCAAGGCAGCCGGCAUACAGCUUCCGGGUCAUGUGGCCAGCAUGAUUAAGCUGCUUCUGGCGAACCAGAGCAGCGCACGGAAACGCCGUUUACCUUCCCGCUGGAAGGUAUUUAUCUACUUGCACUUUGACGUGCCUUCGAACUGCUAGGUUGGCAGGAGCAGGGACCGAGCAAUGGGAGCUAACCCUGUUUCGGGAAUUCGAACCUUCUGAUCAGCAAGUCCUAGGCUCUGUGGUUUAACCCACAGCGCCACCCGAUCUGCAAAUUGAACCUUGCACCUUCUACAUGCAAGACAAAUGUUCUGCCACUGAGCUACGGACCUUCCCAAGCAGCCUGAACUAUUUUAAAAGAAUUUAUUGAAAUAACCCCACUACUGAUUAGUGCAGAAAUGAGAUGCAACGGACUUGCAAUUUUAUGGCAUGUGACUCAUGUGGACAGAAAAUAGCCUGAGUCAUCCAUCUUUUUUCUGGACUUUAAGCCAUGACAAGCCCCUUCUUGCCUCAUUUCCCCACCCAUCUGCCCUUUUCCUUACCCUUCAUUCUCCAGACAUCCUUCUUUCCGGUUCCUCUUUCUCACUCCGUCUUCUGCCCUGUGCCCUUCCGUUACACCUGAGGGCCCCCCAUCACUUAGAUUCCUAAGCCUCGGUGGGUCCCUCUGUGAGGCUCUAAUACCAGGCAAACUGACAACUUUCCCUUCCCUCAUAGUAACUGGACUGCAGUGGUUCCCUGUAAACUGAGCAUUCCUGAUCCAAUCAGCCAAUCAGUGUCUCAUACACAAAACUUCACAGCCACGAGGCUGUAUGUAUUGCCUUGUGUCAUUUACUAGGGCUGUGCAACUGAAGCCCAGAUAUCAAACCAAAAUCACCCAAAACAGAAUCUCCUUCUUCCCCCACCUCCCCCCAAGCGCAUGUUUAAUUGGGGUUUAAACCCCAAUUAAACAUAAGGGCUGAGCUCCAAAUGGAUCACAUCAGGGUGUGCGCAGUCCUAUCAUUCAUUCAUUCUCCUGUCAAUCUGUUUUCAUAAUCUUUCCCGUCUUGGUCUGCACUAAAUAAGGACAUUUUGUGGUUGAACCUCCCAUUUCCCUUUUUUUUCUAAAUUGUGGUUCGUCGUGCUAUAGCUUCGCCAGAGCUUCUCUGUUUCGUUGCAUCUUCUGCCCAAUACAGGCAUACAGAGGCUCUUACACGUAAGAAAGAGAUCUUUCUUCAGGCAAGGAGCAGGACAGGCUUGGCAGCAGACACAGAGCCCUGGAGGAGUCAUGAUUCAGGAGUUCAGGAAUCAGGCAAGACAUUCAAGACUAGAUGGAAGCAACAAAGAUGUCCCAACAGCUUCCACGCCAUGCCUGCCAAGCUUUUAAAGAUGAGACACAGUGUGCUCACUUAUUAUUUUUUUAUUUAUGUAUUGCAUUAAAAUCCCACCUUUUCCUCCAAGGUUCUCUUCCUCCUCAUUUAAUCCCCACCACAACCCUGUGAGGUAGGUCAGGCUGAGAGGCAAGGACUGGCCAAAGGUCACCCAAUGAACUUUGUGUCUGAGUGGGGAUUUGAACCCUGUCUAAAUCCCAGGUUCCUGGACUGACGGUCUCGCCACUACACCAAACUGGCACUCACUUCCCUGCUACGUCAUAGGGAGAUUUGUGUGGAGCUCCCGAAAUUGAAACCUGGAGGUGUGUGCUGUGCUUGGAUGUUUUUGUCUGGCCUAACAUUCAACAGGCCAGGAGAUGAAAGCUGUGCAUCUUUUUCCAAUUGGAAGAUGCAGGGCAGACAAAAGAAAAUGCCUUUUCACACUGUGCGUAGUUAAAAGUAAGGAAUUUGCUCUUGCAAAAGGCAAUAAUGUUUGGGGAGAAGAUUUGGAGAAAGCAGUGAGGAGCAAUCAUGCUAUUAUUAUAUGAAACCUUAAUCGUUGUCAUCAUUAAAACAAUUAGCAAAUUUGAAAUGUUUUCUGGAAAUGCUGUCCCCACAGAACGCUGAAAAAGGUAUGUAAGAUAAUAAGGGGUUAUGAUAAUCAUUAGGAAUUAAUGACCUGCGUUGCUGAAUUCUGCAGGUGAAUAAUUAAAAUCUUGGAAACUAUGUAACCUAGAUAUCCAUGAUGCAAGGAAGAGUUUGUUUGCUGCUUAUUGCAGCCUGCUCAUGUCUUUUUCUGGACAAAUGCCCAUGGCUUCAAUUAAGUAGUGGUAUAAAGGUAAAGGGACCCCUGACCAUUAGGUCCAGUCAUGGCUGACUCUGGGGUUACGGUGCUCAUCUUGCUUUACUGGCCGAGGGAGCCGGCGUACAGCUUCCUGGUCACGUGGCCAGCAGGACUAAGCCGCUUCUGGCGAACCAGAGCAGUGCACGGAAACGCCGUUUACCUUCCCGCCAGAGUGGUACCUAUUUAUCUACUUGCACUUUGACGUGCUUUCGAACUGGUAGGUUGGCAGGAGCUGGGACCAAGCAAUGGGAGCUCACCUUGUCAUGGGGAUUCAAACUGCCAACCUUCUGAUCGGCAAGCCCUAGGCUCUGUGGUUUAAUCCACAGCGCCACCCGCGUCCCUUAAGUAGUGGUAUAGCAGGAGGGAAAUCCAACAGGUGAAGUUUCACCACUGCUGCCUAUCUAUGCCAGCUAUGGGCAUGUGGGGACCUUCAGUCUCAGCAACUGCUUCAUGGGGGGGCAAGACUUGCCAGAAAUGAGUUUCUGUUGGAUUUCUAGCCAGACACAGGCUCAUACCUUUCUCCUGCCAAACUGCUGGAUUUAGUUGUAGAAUCACAGAACUGUAAAGUUUGAAGGGUCUCCCCCCAGGGUCAUCUAGUCCAACCCCCUGCAAUGCAGCGAUCUCAACACGCAAGUCCCCCAUCCAAUUUGAAACCAGACCAGCCCCUGCUUCGCUUUGCAAAUGUGCUGGCAGUUUUAUUGCUGCGCCACCAGGGAUCACAUUUAGUAGAUGUACGUUCCUCUGUGAAUUUCCAUUUAAGGAUUCAAUAAGGUGAAUCACUAGUGGUAUGAAAAAUAAAUCAAAAGUGAAACUGUGUGUAAGUGUAACUUACAUGUUUUAGCUUGGGAGUCAGAGGUGUGUUUUUGGUCCGAACAGGUGGAAGGUCGUUGCUGUGAGCUGCAAUGAGCUAGAUGGACUGAUCUUCUGACUUUGGAAAAAGCAACAUCGUAUGCCAGCAUUGAGAUGCCAGACCAUGAUCCAGUGGUACCUCGGGUUAAGACCUUAAUUAAUUCUGGAGGUCAGUUCUUAACCUGAAACUCUUCUUAACCUGAGAUACCACUUUAGCUAAUGGGGCCUCCUGCUGCCGCCGGAGCACGAUUUCUGUUCUCAUCCUGAAGCAAAGUUCUUAACCCGAGGUACUAUUUCUGGGUAAGCGCAGUCUGUAACCUGAAGCACCUGUAACCCAAGGUACCACCGUAUUCCUGUUUGCUCAGGGGGUUGGACUAGAUGACACUGAAAGCCCCUUCUAACUUUACAGUUCUACGGUCUAUGAUACUUCUUUGUGGAAAGCAAUGAACACACAAACGCAAACACACACCAUAUCUGUAUUGGAUUUGAAACCUUUUUUAAAAAAACAGAGGGUGCUGUUUUGAACUGUUUUCAUAUACAGAACUGUCCUGAACUGCUCUUCUUGUGGCUCGCUUUAACCGCGAAAUCACUUUGAGAUUUUUUCUUUAAAUUGGAAGAGCUUCAUAAAUUGACUCAAAUAAAUAAAUAGAUAACGCACUUUGAGCAAUAAUUUCUAAUUCGACCACCUUCAGCCAAUUUUUUUUAAGCUCUUCCUAUUUCCAGCCUUUGUGUACAAACUCAAGUGUUUCCAAGCAUGGCAUUAUGGUAACUUGGGGGGGGGGCAGAGGAGGGGGGAGUUGCAGAAGAGGAACCCAACUCAUUUCUCCUAUUUCAAAAAGGCUGCAAAGGCUGGAAGGAGGAGCCCAAGGGAGAGGAAGAGAUUUGAGCCAGGUUGCAUUUAAAAGGCAAACUAUGUGGUUUGCCUUUGGACGCAGGUGGUGCUGUGGGUUAAACCACAGAGCCUAGGACUUGCCGAUCAGAAGGUUGGCGGUUCGAAUCCCCGUGACGGGGUGAGCUCCCGUUGCUCAGUCCCUGCUCCUGCCAACCUAGCAGUUCAAAAGCACAUCAAAGUGCAAGUAGAUAAAUAGGUACCGCUCUGGCAGGAAGGUAAACGGCGUUUCCGUGCACUGCUCUGGUUUGCCAGAAGCGGCUUAGUCAUGCUGGCCACAUGACCUGGAAGCUGCACGCCGGCUCCCUCGGCCAAUAAAGUGAGAUGAGCGCCACAACUCCAGAGUCGGCCAUGACUGGACCUAAUGGUCAGGGGUCCCUUUACCUUUACCUGGUUUGCACUUUUCAAAACAGUAGACGUGCCGAAACGCAGCCGUCCUUCAAAAUCCGCCCGCCGCCGAAUAUUCGGUGCAGUUUUUCAGUCCAAAAAGACAGUGUGCAUUCGAAGGCGCAUAUUGGUGAAGAUAACCCAGGAAAAUGUGUUGCAUUAGGGGGGGAAUUCCUUUGUGAAAAUGCUUGUGCAUUUGGCAAUAUUGCAUGCGAGGGUGUGUCAAUCUUAGGAGAAAUUUGCACCCAUAUGACGGUGAGUUUUCAGGAUGAGGUCUCUACACACACACACACACCCCGCAAACGGAUGUGGAAAUGUGGAGAAUUUCCUAGGGGAGCCCCCAGCUUGCUGGUACCGCGUCCUCUCACACCAGGCUCCCUGCGGCAUCUUGAAUUCCAUCUCUGUGCCCCGGGCAGCGACGGCAGCAGUCAGGUGGCGGCGGCUGUGUGGGUGGCCGUGUGGGUAACUGAAAGCGGCAGCUGUAGCAGCAGCAGGAGAAGAAGGAGGAGGAGACAGCAGCAGCCACAACUCGAGCUGAACUUCUUGAGAGUGAACUGGCUGAAGCAGGCAGGACGGGGGGAAAAGGAAGGAGGGCGCAGCUUGGAGAUCAGGUAUGGGGGGGGAUGGGGAGCUGUGGAGAGGCAGAAUAUUCUCCCCCUGGAACUUUUGUAAUGUCACACAGGCUCUCUAAGCUUGCAGUGAAUAUGUGUGUGUGUGUGUGUGUGUGUCAGAGGAGGGAAAUAAGGUGUAUACAGUCCUCAUCUUGCUCGUAGAAUCAUAGAAUUGUAAAGUUGGAAGGGACCCCGAGGGUCAUCUAGUCCAACCCGCUUCAAUGAAGGAAUCUUUUGCCCAACGUGGGGCUCGAACCCACAAUCCUCCGCUUAAGAGUCUCGUGCUCUACCGACCGAGCUAUCAAUCACAGAGUAGACCUGUGGAUGUUAUUGUUGUUGUUGUUUAGUCGUGUCCGACUCUUCGUGACCCCCUGGACCAGAGCACGCCAGGCACUCCUGUCUUUCACUGCCUCCCGCAGUUUGGUCAAACUCAUGCUGGUUGCUUCUGGAACAUUGUCCAACCAUCUCGUCCUCCGUCGUCCCCUUCUCCUUGUGCCCUCCAUCUUUCCCAACAUCAGGGUCUUUUCCAGGGAGUCUUCUCUUCUCAUGAGGUGGCCAAAGUAUUGGAGCCUCAGCUUCACGAUCUGUCCUUCCAGUGAGCACGCAGGGCUGAUUUCCUUCAGAAUGGAUCAGUUUGAUCUUCUUGCAGUCCAUGGGACUCUCAAGAGUCUCCUCCAGCACCAUAAUUCAAAAGCAUCCAUUCUUCGGUGAUCAGCCUUCUUUAUGGUCCAGCUCUCACUUCCGUGGAUGUUAUUAGAUGUGACUAACUUAGGUUCAUUCAUCUUACUGGGUCUACUCGGAGUAUAACUUGGUCGGCUGUAACCCACACUUCCUCCCCGCCAUCCCCUUGACAGCAUUUUGUCACUUUUGAACAUCCAGUUCUGCUGUCUCUUUUCACAGCAGCGAAAAGCAAGGGGUUGUUUCAGCUCCACACCAGGAAAAGUGUUUUGUUUUACCCCCCUCUUCGGGUUACAAACCUUAGUGAAAGUCUGGGCUGAAUGGGGUGGUGGCCCCCUUUAUAAACUGGCAAGCCUAUUCUGCACCUGCCCUCGUCUGCCAGGCCUCGCAAGGCCAGAUCUCAAAUGGCAAAGGCUUUCCUCUUUCUAUAAGUGCUUCUCUUGCCCAGGGCCGAAGCGGCAACUUGCCAGCGCUGCACAGUUAUUUGAGGCUCAGGAGUGAGCUGGGGUUGCCAACUUUUAGGCUGGUCCCUCUGCCCUUUCAACAGCAGUUUGACGGGCAGUUGGCUAAUGUUGGCUCUGUGCCAUGGGAAGAAAGCGUCAACAGCAGAACUCUGUGAAAAGGAACAGGAGCAGAUCACAUGGCGAGAGGUUGGAAAUGCUAUGUUGGAUAUGCAAUCUCAGGGCCUUAAGGUGACACCAGGCAUGGGGAAAUCGGUCAAUUUCAGAUCUGUUUCUCAUUUUCCCAGUCUCAAAUUCAGCUCUCCACAUCUCCACACCAGUUUGCCAGUUGUUGCUGUUUUUUUAAUAAUUUUUUUAUUAACAAUUUCCACAUAACAGUAUAUCAAAAUAUAUCAUAUUCAUUAUUCCCCCCCUUUUUCCCCAUUCCCCAUCAAACCCCUCCUUCCCCCCACAAGACUUCCCUCAGCUCCUCUCUCAGAUUUCUCAACACACAUCACUCUCUGCAUAUUAUAAAAUUAUUUCAAUCCUUAUAUUAUCUAUCUACCGUGUUGCCAAACACAAAAUUUGUGUAUGUUGAUUCAAAACCUGCCAAGGAGUCCAAUUCAUUUUGUUGUCUUUUUAAGUACUUUGUAAAAAGUUCCCAUUCUUCUUUAAAGUCGCAGUUUUUGUUUUUUUACCCCCAUGAGAAUUCAUCAGCAUUUAAGUGUGGAUUUCUCCUAACAUGCCCAUUUCCCCUAUGCGAUUUUUGCCUAAUUUAUGGAUUUCGGGCAAAGUGGUUUCCUUAACGUAAUGCACUUUGCAUGCAGUUUUCACAGAUAUAUGCAUUCCACACUUUCUCCCCAAUAUUUGCACCUUUGCACACACCACUUGACUGAAGAACUACAUUGCAAAAUCCGGCUGUGUUUAGGUUUAUGCAUUGUUUCCAACAGUGCAAAUUAAACCGGCUGACCUUUAACUACAAACUGAAUCAUGUUUCUCCCCUAUCUCUAGUUACAACUCUGUAGAUGGUCCUUCUGUAUUCAGUGUGUAAGUUGGGGAAUCUGGACGCGGAAGUCAGGAUGGUGUCAUUUGUUGUGUCGGUGUUAGAAUGCUGCUUGUGUAACUCAUGGGAAGUUGCCGUUGUGUAAAUGCCAGAGGGAAACGCAACAAUGGCAGUCAAUUAGGAAGUGAGUUGCUGUUGUGGGAAGUUUUUAAUGUGUGACAUUUUAAUGUAUUUUUAAUCUUUGUUGGAAGCAGCCCAGACUGUCUCGGGAAACCCAGCCAGAUGGGCGGGGUACAAAUAAUAAAUUGUUGUUGUUGUUUAGUCAUUUAGUCGUGUCCGACUCUUCGUGACCCCAUGGACCAGAGCAUGCCAGGCACUCCUGUCUUUCACUGCCUCCCGCAGUUUGGUCAAACUCAUGCUGGUAGCUUCGAGAACACUGUCCAACCAUCUCGUCCUCUGUCGUCCCCUUCUCCUUGUGCCCUCCAUCUUUCCCAGCAUCAGGGUCUUUUCCAGGGAGUCUUCUCUUCUCCUGAGGUGGCCAAAGUAUUGGAGCCUCAGCUUCACGAUCUGUCCUUCCAGUAAGCACUCAGGGCUGAUUUCCUUAAGAAUGGACAUGCUUGAUCUUCUUGCAGUCCAUGGGACUCUCAAGAGUCUCCUCCAGCACCAGAAUUCAAAAGCAUCAAUUCAAUCAGUAUUGGAGCCUCAGCUUCAGGAUCUGUCCUUCCAGUGAGCACUCAGGGCUGAUUUCCUUCAGAAUGGAGAGGUUUAUUAUUAUUAUUAUUAUUAGUCAGCUGAGCCAUGGACUGCUCAGUCUGCUCUCCGGUGUGGGAGGGCUGCUUCGAGGUUAUUUCUCUUUAAACCAGACCUUGAACAGACUAUCUUUUGACAGCCCUUCAAGAUCAAAAACUGGCCUUUGCAAAGUUGGAGACCAGGUCACCAUCUCAAAAGGACAUCUAGAGAGACAACUGGUGGCAAAAAAACCAAAACUUGUUGACUUUUUGCUCUUAUUAGUGGGAUGCCCUUUCUCAAAGAGAUCCGUUUUGCACCUUGCUCAAUGCUGCCUGCUAAGCAAUUUUUUAUUUGGAAAAGCAUCUGCAAGUAUAGGCCAAUUUAGGUCUUCUGAACUCAUGGUGUGUUCCUGGUAGGGGUGGGGAAUAAAUUUGAUUUGGUGAAGCUGCCUAAUUCAAAAUACCAUUUGAAGUAAAACACAACCUUCUUUGAAAGCCACACUUUUCUGAAUUUUGUAAUUCGGUUCUUCAGCCAAAUAUUGUGUGGACAAGUGCAUAUACAGGGCGAUUCAUAAUGAAAUAUACAGUUUCCAUUUAUAGUGUGUUGAAACUGUAUACUUCAUUAUGAAUACCCUGUAUUAGGAUAAAGUGUGCGUAUAGAUGCAUAUGUUAAUGAAAAAAAGAGCACACAGAAAAGCAUCAUAUAUGGGAAAAUUGAUUUGCAGAAAUGUGUGUGUUGGACAAAAUUGCAUGCAAACUAUAUGCAUUAGGGGAAAUCCUCGUGAAAAUGCUGAUGAAUUUACAUGUUGACUUCUUUUUACUGCAAACUGAUCUGGAAAUGUGGCCUUGCUGAUGUUUUGAACGAGAAGCAGAGAGAAAGCAAAACUGACAGAUUUGUCUGUCCAUGUUUCUGGGACUGCUGCUUUUAUUCUUUCACCGUGUUGAUUUAUGCUUGUUGUUGUUUUAUCAAUUUUAAUAUUGAUCUAUGACCCCCCUAGAACAUUCGGUUUCGAGUGGAAAGACAGCUCCGUAAACAAACUGAAAAAUGUCUAAGUGAGGUUUUGUAGGUAUGAGUUGUUGGGGAGGAAAUAGAAAAUAAGGUAAAGGGACCCCUGACCAUUAGGUCCAGUCGUGACCGACUCUGGGGUUGCAGCGCUCAUCUCGCUUUAUUGGCUGAGGGAGCCGGCGUACAGCUUCCGGGUCAUGUGGCCAGCAUGACUAAGCCGCUUCUGGCGAACCAGAGCAGUGCACGGAAACGCCGUUUACCUUCCUGCCAGAGUGGUACCUAUUUAUCUACUUGCACUUUGACGUGCUUUCGAACUGCUAGGUUGGCAGGAGCAGGGACCGAGCAACGGGAGCUCACCCCGUCACGGGGAUUUGAACCACCAACCUUCUGAUCGGCAAGUCCUAGGCUCUGUGGUUUAACCCACAGCGCCACCCGCGUCCAAGAAAAUAGGACCCUGCCUUAUACUGAGUCAGGCCGUUGGCGUCCUUGUAGCUCAGCGGCUUUCCAGAGUUUUGGAGAGAAGCUGUUCCUAGCCCUAACUGGAGCUGCCGGGGACUGAACCUGUGACAUUAUGUAUGUGAAGAUGAUGCUCUGUGGCUCUUCCCUCAUUCUCCAACGUUCUGAUUCUGGUGGCCUAAUUCUGAGGGACGCCAGUGUUGGCACAGGAGCACUGCUUCCUAUAAGACCCACGAGAUGUGUUGGCUCCCAGCACCUCAAAUUAAGUGUGACAGUUAGGUGGCAGAAAGUUGAGAGAGUGUCAGUGUGUGGUUGGAGCAGGAAACUUACAGGCGGAGAGUCAGCCGUUCCAGGAAACGGAGCUGUUUGAAUGAGAAACCUACAGACAAAAAAAAAAAACCCUGAACGUUUGUUCCUGAACCCUGAACCUUUGUUCGCCUCACAGUGCUUUGUUUUUUCCUGGGCGUGCUCAGUGGGCAGGCACCCCAAGUGGUGCGGGCUGGGGGGUCUGCAGCCCCCCGAAAAAUUCAAGGAGGGGGCUGGGCUCCCCCAAAACCCUGUGGCCUGCUCCACGGCCUUCUCCCCACCAUGUCGUGCAGGGAGGAGAAAGCCAAGUGUGGCGACCAGUUCCGCGCUCCCCAUUACCCAGCCGGCAUGCCAGCACUGGCAUCGUGCGCUAGGUGGGGGGUGGGACAUGAUGAGCGGUUGGAGGAUGGAUGGCGGCUAACAGAUUGAGGUUGAAUCCUGACAAGACAGAAGUACUGUUUUUGGGGGACAGGAGGCGGGCAGGUGUGGAGGACUCCCUGGUCCUGAAUGGGGUAACUGUGCCCCUGAAGGACCAGGUGCGCAGCCUGGGAGUCAUUUUGGACUCACAGCUGUCCAUGGUGGCGCAGGUCAAUUCUGUGUCCAGGGCAGCUGUUUCUUAAUUCUAGACGGUAUUGGGACAUUGUGUGGCAAGGUCCCAAACCCUCCUGCGAAGUGAAAUAAAGAGACACAAAACAGUAUUUUAGGUUAAUGGGCGAAAAAGGCCACAACUUCAUUGGUUACAGAAUGUGAGUGGUAUUGGCUUAGGCAUUGGAAACCACACGACUAUAUCUGACUCCUGCCCGUCUGCAGGAGUCUUGGAAGGGUUAACCACCAGAAGGGGGAGCCCUGCUCAUGCAGAUCAACUAGGAACUCCCCCAGGGUCACCGCUAGAGGUCGUGCCAUGGUCCCAGCCCCCAGUCUGGGGCUUCGGACAGAGAUCACGCCCGCUGGAUUCCUUUAACGCAGCGGUUCUCAACCUGAGGGUCCCCAGAUGUUGUUGGACUACAACUCCCAUCAUCCCUCAACUCUGGCCUUGCUAGCUAGGGGUGAUGGGAGUUGUAGUUCAACAACAUCUGGGGACCCACAGGUUGAGAAAGGUUGCUUUAACGGAAUACCGAGCAGGGAGAAAACAGGGGCAAGCCCUCGGCCGCAGGAAGUUUAAAUAGCCCGUGCCACGCCCCUGGACCAUCCGGAUUGGACGGCCUAGGGAUGAUGUGGCCAAGGACCAUCCAAUGGCGCAAGGGCUAGCCCGCCCAAUGCACGUGGGGAGGGCUUGCUCCUAGCCCGCAACAUCAUCUCCCCAGGAACGGGAAAUGGCUUUACAGUGGUACCUCAGGUUAAGAACUUAAUUCGUUAUGGAGGUCAGUUCUUAACCUGAAACUGUUCUUAACCUGAAGCACCGCUUUAGCUAAUGGGGCCUCCUGCUGCCGCCGGAGCACGAUUUCUGUUCUCAUCCUGAAGCAAAGUUCUUAACCUGAGGUACUAUUUCUGGGUUAGCGGAGUCUGUAACCUGAAGAGUCUGUAACCUGAAGCGUCUGUAACCUGAGGUACCACUAUACAUUCAAAUUGUAUGCAUUGGAGCUCUAAGUGUUGUCUAUGUUCAUUCCACACACUCACGGAAUCAAUCCUUCAGUGUGUUGGCUCCUCCUCUUUGGAACUCCCUGCCCAUUGAUGAAAUUAAUACAGUGGUACCUCAGGUUAAGGACUUAAUUCGUUCCGGAGGUCCGUUCUUAACCUGAAACUGUUCUUAACCUGAGGUACCACUUUAGCUAAUGGGGCCUCCCGCUGCCGCCGCACGAUUUCUGUUCUCAUCCUGAAGCAAAGUUCUUAACCCAAGGUACUAUUUCUGGGUUAGCGGAGUCUGUAACCUGAAGUGUCUGUAACCUGAGGUACCACUGUAAUAAUAAUAAUAAUAAUUUUGUUAUUUAUAUGCCGCCCAUCUGACUGGGUUGCUCCAGCCACUGUGGGCAGCUUCCAACAAAAUAUUAAAACACAAAACUGGCAACUGCCUUUGUAGUAUUGUGUUUGGCAUCUGCCCAAAACUUUUUUGUUGAGGUGGGUCUACCCAGCCAUGUAAUUAUAAGCUGCCACAACCAUAAUAAGAUAACCCACCCACCUCUGCUGCAACCCCAAACGUUAUGAAUGGGAGACCUGAUUAGACUCUCAUUCCUACCCAUUCAUUCUUCCCUGCAUCUGUUUAUUUUAAUAUUGAAUUUCAGUUGGAUGGGCUUUAUUGGUUUAGUAGCUGAUUGUUGCUUAAUUUUUUUUGCGUUCCCUCAUACAGUAUGCUGCUUGGAGAAAUGUUUUUAUUAGGCAGCUAAUAAAGGGAUUGAAUAAAUGAAUCAUUUUGGAAUGAAAGCAAAUUAACCGGGCUCCAAUUGUUGCUGCCCUGCUCCCGCACACCAACUGUGCACCUACUAGUAUUUCUCUCUGUGCAGAUAGUUCAGAGACACCACAAGCUUCCAGGACUCUCUCUUCAUGGGGGAAAUGGCUUCCAUGAAACUUCAGGAAAAUGAAGCCUGAUGUCAGGAACCGGAGUCAGGCAUGAUCAGCGAGAAAAUACAGACGUAUCUCAGCUCCCAAACGCCUUGGGAGUCAAACGUUCCGGCUCCCAAACGAUCGAAAACCGGAAAGGAGUGUUACGGUUUUCAAACAUCCUUUUGGAAGCCGAACAUCCAACAUGGCUUCCGAUGGAAGCUCCUGCAGCCAAUCAGAAGCCACGUUUUGGUUUCUGAACGUUUCGGAAGUCGAACGGACUUCUGAAACGGAUCCCGUUCGACUUCCGAGGUACGACUCUACCCAGUGUAGGUGAAGUUAACUCUUUAUUCAAAGAAACCAAAACAGCAGAGGCCUAGUGAUUACAGCAACUCUUCCCAUUAGGUCUCCCCAAAUGAGGCAUUUUUGGGGGCUGAUUCCUCCUCUCCCUGGGUCCUUCCCAAACAAUUAGAAUUCAAAUAAAAUCUGCGGCACUCUGGGGCUGACUGCUUAGCCCACCGCCAUCUUGACCAGAAGCCAAAUGUUGAGCUUUUUUUUAGGAUUUUACCCCAGGAAAUAAACUGCCACAGGCGCUGGAUUAAACUGACCGGCAGGCUGUAUACUCCCAAACAAUCUCAGGCUCCUUCAUCUAUUUUCUCGUUGCUCUCCCCUCUUCACUCCUCUAUGUUUUCUGGGAGACUAGUGGUGAGGCAAAUUGGUUACAGCAGGAGGGAGAGACUCCCUGGCUCAGGGGUCAGCAAGGGGUCGGUUCCCUCUGUGGGUCAGAUCGUGCACGCGCAUGAGUGUGUGUGGCCACAAUUUCCAGCAUCUGCGCCUGUGCAAACACGCUUUUCUGCAUCUGAGCAUGCUCAGACGCUCCAGCACCGUGGAAGCGAGUCCCCACACUGUGCUGCUCUGGUUUAGCGCAGUAUACGGGGACUCGCUGAGCGGGUGGCUCAGUUCGGGGGUGGCUCGGGGGCCAGUUAAACAACCUCUGUGGGCUGCUUAUGGCCCAUGGGCCUUAGGUUGCCUACCCCUGCCCUGGCUUCUUCAGCAACCUGUCUCAUCCCUGUCUCCUGGCCCCCUUCCUCUCCUGCCACUGAUUCUGGACUGCUCUCUGCCCCAGCCUCUCCCUGCUCACUAAACCCCGUUGCCUCUUCAGCUUCCAACAUCUCCUCCUCCCCAUCUGCCCCCUCUUCUCCCUUGAACCGCCAUCCCACCACCAAUCCCCUGGCUCUGAGCCUUCUUCCCCUGGGGGUUCCCUUGGGGUUCCCCAACUGGUACCUCUCACAAUUCCUCUGCAUCCAGCCAGUCCAUGACAUCUGAUCGUUUAGUCACUGGCUCUCCAGUGGACUCUAAGCAAGGAGUGCAGAAUACAAAAGAGGUAAUGUUAGAUGCCAAGUGUGCAAUUAGAUACCUUUGGUCCUCUCUGUGACUGGUGUGGGUGUUUAAUUAAAAGAUGGACAGCUCGUUUUCCCAGACCAGUUUCAUCCAGAGGUGGAAAGCGCUGGCAGAAGUUGCACAAUUUGAAGGCAGAGAAGUAAUAAUAAUAAUAAUAUUUUUUUAUUUAUACCCCGCCCAUCUGGCUGAGUUUCCCCAGUCACUCUGGGUGGCUCCCAAUCAAGUAUUAAAAACAAUACAGCGUUAAAUAUUAAAAACUUCCCUGAACAGGGCUGCCUUCAGAUGUCUUUUAAAAAUAGGAUAGCUACUUAUUUCCUUCACAUCUGAAGGGAGGGCGUUCCACAGGGCAGGCGCCACUACCGAGAAGGCCCUCUGUCUGGUUCCCUGUAACCUCACUUCUCGCAAUGAGGGAACCGCCAGAAGGCCCUCAGCGCUGGAUUUCAGUGUCCGGGCAGAAAGAUGGGGGUGGAGACCCUCCUUCAGGGAUACAGGACCGAGGCAGUUUAGGGCUUUAAAGGUCAACACCAACACUUUGAAUUGUGCUCGGAAACGUACUAGGAGCCAAUGCAGAUCUCUCAGAACCGGUGUUAUGUGGUCCCGGCGGCCACUCCCAGUCACCAGUCUAGCUGCCGCAUUCUGGAUUAAUUGCAGUUUCCGGGUCACCUUCAAAGGUAGCCCCACGUAGAGCGCAUUGCAGUAGUCUAUUUGCAAACGUGCAGCAUCUUAACUCAUCCUUUCCACAACUCCCCUAAUACGAGGACUUUCUGCACUUAAUCGAGCCAUUGGAGAAGUUCAUUUGAUUCACCUUUCCAAUGCAAACCUGCAAAAUUCACUCUUCUCAAGCCGAAUCGAAACACAGCUUUCCUUCUGAAGCCGCACUUUCUCUGAAUUUUGCAAUGCAGUUAUCCAGCCAAAGAAUGAAUGCAAAAAAAAAAAAUUCUUAGUCGUGAAAAGUAUGUUCAAAAAGGCAGUUGGUAUUGGUGAAAAUGAUGCGCAGAAAUGCAUUGGGUUCCAGGGAAAUUGCUUGCAAUAUAAGUGAAUUCUAGGCAAAAUUGCAUAAGAAAAUGUGUACAUUGGAAAGAGCACGUUCUCAAAUGUGCAUGAGUUUUCACGCAGACUUUUUAUGAACAAAUUUGUAGUCUCAUGCAGCACUGGGAUGAGCUUGCCUGCUAAGGAGUUGUUGCUGUUUAGUCGUUUAGUCGUGUCCGACUCUUCGUGACCCCAUGGACCAGAGCACGCCAGGCACUCCUGUCUUCCACUGCCUCCUGCAGUUUGGUCAAACUCAUGCUGGUAGCUUCAAGAACACUGUCCAACCAUCUCGUCCUCUGUCGUCCCCUUCUCCUUGUGCCCUCCAUCUUUCCCAGCAUCAGGGUCUUUUCCAGGGAGUCUUCUCUUCUCAUGAGGUGGCCAGAGUAUUGGAGCCUCAGCUUCAGGAUCUGUCCUUCCAGUGAGCACUCAGGGCUGAUUUCCUUCAGAAUGGAUCGGUUUGAUCUUCUUGCAGUCCAUGGGACUCUCAAGAGUCUCCUCCCAGUAGCCCAAUGGGUCAGUGGAUCAGGAUCCCUGCAUUGCUGGAAGUUGGGGCUAGAUCACCCUCACAGUCCCUUCCAGUUCUACAAUUCUGUGAUUCUAAGUGGGGUUAGGAUUGCAGCCUUGUUUGUUUUUGAUGGCUUUCCCCCAACUUGCUUGCAUGAUAGACAGGUCGGCAGGCAGGCAAUUGCAGACAGGCAAUUUCCCAGGCUGCCCCCAUCACUGUGUCAUUCUGGAACAUUCUGGAAGAAAAUGGCACCUCCUCCACACACACACAGUUGGUCACCUUUUGCUCUUGUCCCAAAUCAUGCAGUGCCCUAGGCAUUCUGGGAAAAUAAAAUAAGAUCAGUUGCUUUCACUAGAGAAAGGUGAGCUUGCUGUGAAUGAGCAACAAACUGCUAUGAGCAGGAGAAUGGAACCGGCACCAUUUAUCAUGCCCAUUCAUUCCUCAAGGCAUUUUUUUCAUGCUGAAUUAAACCUGAAUGGGCCCCCGUUUGGUUCAGUUGUUCAUUCACUGCAAAAUAAACGCAACAUCCCUGCGGCACAGUGCAGCUGCACUAGUUUAACUUGGUAAAAAAGACUUGCGCAGUACAAUCCUAUGCUGGUCUACUCAGCCAUAAGCCCCAUUAAGUUCAAUGGGACUUGCUCCCAGGUAAGGAUUGCAGCCUAAGGAAGAUAUAUGUAAGAGCUUAAUUUGGAGUCAUGUUCAGUGCAAAGAAAGGAGGUCUUUAUGGUUGUCACUGCUGCAGUUUUGUUCCAGUGGAAAAAAACCUGAUAACAUCUCAAGCUAAAAGAUCUUCUGCUCUUUAGUAUGUAGAUGGUGUGCAUUUAUAGGUUGGGGGUGGGGAGGUUUUCCUCUUUAGCUCUGUCAAUUCUGCCAAAACUCUAUGCAAAAAACUGACAAGGUUAAACUCGUAACAACCUGAUCAUUCUUUAUUGCAAUUUAUUUGCACUGGAGCAAACUAAGCUGGCUGAAUUCGAGUCCCACUGAAAUCAACGGGCCAAGUUAAACAUGGCUGAAGCCUCAUUGAUUUCAGUGGGGCUGGACUAAAUGAGCCUGGAUGCAACCCACCAUUGUUUAAUUACCAUAUUUUUCGCUCUAUAACACGCACCCGACCAUAACACGCACGUAGUUUUUAGAGGAGGAAAAUCUGUAGGCAUGCCACCCGUAGGCAUUCCCUUCAUAACACGCACAGACAUUUCCCCUUACUUUCUAGGAGGAAAAAAGUGAGUGUUAUGGUGCAAAAAAUACGGUAUGUGUCUAUGGUGUCUCUUCUGUAUUCAUACUCUUUGGUGUGAAGGGUGAUUCAUUUCAUGGGGACCAGAUUCCAUUUUCUCUUUACAUGGUCUUUUUUUCCUUGCCCUUUGCUGGGAUCAAGUGGACUUGGUGGUCUCACAGCCUUUCAUUCUCACGUAGAUAUGGGCAGGAAGUACUGCAAAAUGAUUACCCCACCCCACUCACUCGGUGGUUAGGUUUUUCGGCAACAGGAACUUCACCUGUGACAAUUUUGUGCUCCCUUGCAGACAUAAGCAAGGCAGGGAAUUCACAAAGUAAGCGCCACCCUAUGUUAAAUGUGGAGGAACUGCUGGGAUCGGAGGCACCAGCUUGCCAGGGUGAUUGGGAGAGCCAACGUUGCGCGUGGACCUCACACAUGGGACGUCAGGACACUGGGAGGAGAUGCAGGCAGAGUCAAACACAGCAGCCAUACAGGAGGAGGGAAGGAGCUGGCCACUGGAGUUGGGCUGCAGUCAGCUCCACGUUUCCCCUUCGCAAUUUGUGGACAUUGGGGGACCCGGCCUCUACCUGGCCCCUACCCCAAAGAUAUAUGGUGGCCCUGAAAUGGCUUGUAAUCUGGGGAACCGGGUUUGCUUCCCCGCUCCUCCACAUGCAGCUGCUGGGUGACCUUGGGCCAGUCACACUUCUCUGAAGUGUCUCAGCCCCACUCACCUCACAGAGUGUUUGUUGUGGGGGAAGAAGGGAAAAGAGAAUGUUAGCCGCUUUGAGACUCCUUCGGGUAGUGAUAAAGCGGGAUAUCAAAUCCAAACUCCUCUUCUUCUUCUUGUGAGGACUCAAUGAGGAGGGAGGAACCAUCUAUGCCACCUUGAAGAAAAAGGUGGGAUAGAAACACAAUAAUUAAAAUAAUAAAUUGAGCUGGCCUUUGGCAUGAUGCUGCCAAUGUUCUUCCCGGUCUGCCUCUGGCUCCAUUGUCUCCUCACUGCUGCUUCUGCCACCCCAUCAAGGAUUGUGAAUGCCACCCCCCCUCCAUGACAUGGCGGCAUGGAAGUUGGAAUACCAAACUAGGACCUGGGAGACCAGAGUUCGAAUCCCAGCUCCGCCACGAAGUUCACUGGGUGAUCUUCGGCCAGUCACAAGGCUUUCUCGGCAGACAUUCUGGGAUCAAAUCAGAAAGCGUGACGGCUUCUGUAAAUCCAGGACUGUCCCUGGAAAAUAGGGACACUUGGAGGGUCUGUGUUUGUUUUCCCUUCCGGUGAGGCUCACCCAUCCAAGGUUCCACUCACUGGCUGACUUCAUUUCCAUCCAGUAUACAGUGGUACCUUGGUUCUCAAACUUAAUCUGUUCCAGAAGUCCGUUCCAAAACCAAAGCGUUCCAAAACCAAGGCACGCUUUCCCAUAGAAAGCAAUGCAAAACGGAUUAAUCCGUUCCAGACUUUUAAAAACAACCACUAAAACAGGAAUUUAACAUGAAUUUUACUAUCUAACGAAAUGAAAGCAAGAAACAGUGUGCUGCAGUCACACAGUCAAUCAUUCAGUAGCUGAACUGGGUUCCACACAGUCACAAAAAAACAAAACAAAAGAGCUGCAAAAAGAAAAACGCAAAAUAAAUAGCAAAACCCGACAGACCUCAGUGUAACACUCAAAACGGAAGCAUAACACUCAAAACAGAGCACGUUCAGCUUCCAAAAAACGUUCACAAACCGGAACACUUACUUCUGGGUUUGCAGUGUUUGGGUUUCAAGUUGUUUGAGUACCAAGGCACUUGAGAACCAAGGUAAAAGGUAAAGGUAAAGGGACCCCUGACCGUUAAGUCCAGUCGCGAACGACUCUCAGGUUGCGGUGCUCAUCUCGCUUUACUGGCUGAGGGAGUCGGCGUUUGUUUGCAGACAGAUUCCAGGUCAUGUGGCCAGCAUGACUAACAUGUUUCCACAGAAACGCCGUUUACCUUCCCGCCGGAGCAGUGCCUAUUUAUCUACUUGCACUUUGACGUGCUUUCGAACUGCUAGGUUGGCAGGAGCAGAGACCGAGCAACGGGAGCUCACCCCAUCGCGGGGAUUCGAACCGCCGACCUUCUGAUCGGCAAGCCCUAGGCUUUGUGGUUUAGACCACAGAGCCACCCGCCACUAUAUAAAUAUCAAAUUUAACACAUCAAAUUUAAAUAAGACAGCAUCUUAUUUAACCAUGCCAGCUUCCAGCCAUCCCCUUGCAGUGCCAUUUUGCAAACUGCUUCGCUCCUGGUUUCUUUUCGGGGCAGCUUGUGCCUGGCAUUGACUUGUGCAGGGUUCACUGAGCAAACACUUCCCCCUCGCCCCCCCUCCUCCAGCAUCCAAUAUCCAAUUUCAAGCCCUCCUGCAGCUGCCUGCUGCUUUUCACCCAGCAAAGUCAAUCAGAUGUCAUUCCCGACCAUUGCCUUGGUGACCACAGCAGCCUCCAGCGAUACAGAGGAGCCGACAGCAUAGCCGCUCCAUGUGCCAGGGAAACUUUUGCUAACUCAGCGGGUUGCGGGACGGAGAGGGGAAAUGCUGUCCGGAAUGGAUAAGCGACUUCUCUGUUAAAUUCCCGGGCUUGCCACAGACGCUAAAACUAUAACAGCCAAGGCAGUUGCGAGAGCCUCUCCAACAACGUCUGCUUUCUUCUCCUCACAGAGACCGACAUGUCUCCUUUUCUCCGUAUUGGAUUGUCCAACUAUGACAGCGGUCCCUAUCUCCCUUCCCAGGGAGAUGUGAUCGAUCCGUAUUGCGCAGUGAUAGUCAAGGAAGCAGUGGAGUCGGGUAAGUGCUUUAUUCUUACGUUUGAGCAUGCAUGCGCGUAAUAACAACAACAAUAUUUUAUUUUAUUUUUAUAUGCCGCCCAUCUGACUGGGUUUCCCUAGCCACUCUGCGAGGCUUCCAGCAAAAUAUUGAAGACACAGUGAAAUGUCAAACCUUAAAAACAUUCCCUGUACAGGGCUGCCUUCAGAUGUCUUCUAAAAGUCAUAUGGCUGUUUAUCUGCUUGACAUCUGACAGGAGGGUGUUCCACAGGGUGGGUGCCACUACCGAGAAGGCCCUCUGCCUUUACCUUCACUUCUCACAGUGAGGGAACUGCCAGAAGACCUUCAUAUCUGGACCUCAGUGUCCAGGCUGAACAAUGGCCAAUGGUCAGGGCUGGCCAACCUGUGAGGCAAGGGGAGGUGACAGCCUCAGGCGGCAGGAUCCGCAGGGACAGCAGAUCCCAAUGUAGAUAUUUGUGGGCCACCCACAAAUAUUGUUCUUGAUCUUCACUCACCCUUCUUCCCUGGUGGGGAAGGGGGUGCCAUUUUGUGGUUCGCCUCAGGCGCCAAAAUGUCUUGGGCCAGCCCUACUAGGGGAGAUGCAGCCUGAGUCUAUCCAGAGUGAGUUUCAAAUCACACAUUAACAUUGAUUGAUUGAUUGAUUGAUUGAUUGAUUGUUGAUCGAUUGAUAACAUUUGUAUACCCUGCUCUCCAGCCUAAAAGCAUUCCAGAGCGGCUUACAUAUACAGUAGUCAAAACAAGACAGCACCUGCUUGCAAGGUUACAGUCUAGAGAAGCACGACACACAAGGGGAAAGGAACAAGGAGGGCAGAGGAAAAUCAAAACUCAGGCACCAAUUUCUAAAGAAUUGGUGUUCCUACAAUGGCCGACUGGCACAGUUCAGGGGCAGGAGGGAAAUGGUGGAGUGAGUUCUGCUUCCCAGCUCUCCCACUGCUGGAAUGGCUGUCUCAGAUGAGGGAGGGAGGCCUGAUGCAGUCGGUAUUUUAUAUGUUCUUGUCUGUCAUGGUUUUAUUUUCAAAACAAGAUUCAUAUAGAAUCAUGGAAUUCUAAGUUGGAAGGGACCAUGAGGGUCCUCUAGUCCAACUCCCUGCAAUACAGAGUUGUUCUUGUUGUUGUUGUUUUUAAAAAUGCCCACUGUGGGACUCGAACCCACAUCUCAUGCUCUACCAAUUGAGCUAGCCUAGCUGUUGUUGUUAAUUGUUAUGUUGCCCAUUCAUUCAUUCAAUUUAUAUCCUGCUCUUCCUCCCAAAGGAGUCCAGGAACGGCAAACGCAGCCAUGAUUAUUUUCAAAUAUUCUAACAACAGUUUUACAAAAUUGUCUCGGAGUUGCCGGAAUCUGAGAGAUGCCAGGAGCAGUGUCUUUCAGCCAUCAAACAGGAAUGAUUUUAGAUGCCUCCUCAAAGUCAGUAACGAGGAAGACAGGUGUACCUCACCGGGGUAGGCGUUCCACAAAUGGGGAGCCACCACAGAAAAGGCUCUGUAGCAGGUUGGUGACAACAGAGCAGCCUGCAGUUGGGUCAGAGAAAGAGCAGAUAGAGACUACUUCAUCCUUUCCCUCCUGUUCAUUUCCCAGCUCCAAAAUUGCCCUCCGUCAGCUGCUUUUUUUACCCACAGGGAGAAAGAUUCAAUUGUCCCAUCUUUCCCCCCAAAGUUUUCUACAUGCCUGAGUACUAUUUCUUUUCUUCUCUUCUUCUUUUUGUCUUAUCUUACUCUGUACACUUGUAAUUAUGUAUUUUUUAAUCUUUUAAUAAAAUAAGAAGAGGUAAAGCAGCUUGCUCAGGCUAGAUUUUUUUCUCUUUUUUCCUUUUUGAGGGGGAAACAACUACAGCAAAAGGAAGGGAUUAAGCAUGGGAACAUUGGAAAUUGUCUUUAUCCUAUCGAGUUCAGUAUUGUCUGCACUGGCAGCUCUCCUGGAUUUCAGACAGGGAGUCAUUGCCAGCCCUAACUAGGACUUGAACCCGCAGCCUUCUACAUGCCUAGCAGAUGUUCUGCCACUUAGCUAUGACACUGGCCCUAAUUCUCUCUAGUCGGCCUUCCUUUGUCCCACCCAACUUGCAGCCUUCCCAAGUGAAUUUUGACUUUCUUUUCAAAAAGAAAAAAAGCAGAAUAAAUAAUUUGUAUUUUAAAGUGCCUAGUUUGGGCUACUUUAUUCUCCCUGUUUUCAGCAUGCAGCAGUAUUUAAGUGUCACGCGAUUUUAAGGAACGAUUUAGGACUUGGCCAUUCCAGAACUCCUCAAUAUGAAUGGAAAUCAUCAGGAAUCUACCUUAUUUUGUAAGGCGCUCCAAUUUCAGAACUGUGUAAAAUAGGCCUUUAUUCAAAACAGUGGCGCUAAGCAAAGAAAAGUACCUUUCAAAAGGAAAGAAAAAAGGUGCUAUUGUAGUCCUUUUAAAAAAAACACACCCAAAGAAUAAUCUUGAGAUCCAAGAGUGCCGGCAAGCUAAAAAUAAUCCCUCUUAAUGCAGAAAAGCAUUUAGUCUUGCACAGAAAGGUCAGGGAACUUAAUACACACACACACAUCCCAUAAUGUCUUGUUGGGGAAAGAGCCAGCAAACUAAGAAGCUUUAUAGAAUCAUGUUGCUUUGAUGGAGAGGCUGAAAUUGCUUAAACGAACCACCCUCAAAAGAAAUGGCUCCUUCUCCGCCAAUAUUACUGCCCAUUAAUUAAAUACACUGCAAUCCACAUAAGUCUCGAGGCAAUUAAUAGGAUCUUAUGAGAUGUCUGGAAAACCCAGAGAGAUACUGCUGCUUAGCCGACAUUGGCUCAGCAGGUAAGACACAGCCACAGAACGUCAAGAAAAGUCCUUGGACCUGGGAUAAUUCAUCAGCCUCUAUGUCCAUCAUCUGUCCCAGUCUCUAUGUCCAUCAUCUGUGCCUCCUCCACGUUAGGUCCAGAGGGUAGCAAUGUGAGAACGGGGCCUUUUCUGCAGUGGCUCCCAGUUUGUGGAAUACUCUUCCUCUUCAAACGGGUCUUUGGCUGAUUAAUAUUCUACAGCCUUUAAAAUGUGUCAUGCUUUUUUGUUUUAAUCAUUCACUAGCUUCAACCCUGUAUUUUAUUCUGUCUUGUUUUCACCCUGUAUUUUAUGCGACUUGUUUCAGCUCUGAAAUCUUAUGAUGGUAUAUACAUCUAAUUAAUAAUAAUCCAGGUCAAGCAAAAGUGUGAAUGAGCCCCUAUGUGAUCUGAUAUUAUUAUUAUUAUUAUUAUUAUUAUUAUUAUUAUUAUAUCCUGCCCAUCUGACUGGGUUUCCCCAGCCAUUCUGAGUGGCUCCUGACAGAAUAAUAAUAAUAAUAAUAAUAAUAAUAAUAAUAAUAAUAAUAACCAUUAAAAACUUCCCUAGACAGGGCUGCCUUCAGAUGUCUUCUAAAAGUCAGAUAGUUGUUUAACAAAGCAAGCCUUCCAUCUUCCUCAAUGUUGCAUGCAUUUAUGAGUUGAAAUGGAGGAAAUUCAGGGAGCAGGGCUGAACUUAAACUGCCUUGCAGAUGAUUCUGUUAUUUUAUUCGAACCUGCUGCCCACAAAGCAGGUGGCCCUGAAACAGGAGCCCGCAGGUGAGUAGGGCUGCUGUUGCCACUUCAGAAGAAAGGCUUUGAUGAAUCCUGAUGAAUCGUGCAGAGGAUGAACUCACUGCCCUUUCAAAACUCCUUUUGACCAAACAGGCCACCUGGAUACCUGCGGCCUUCGGCCACCUGCCUGCCUUGGUGACAUUUGCUUUUUGGAAGGCUCUGGUGUGUCUUUGAACUCUGCAGAAUGAAGAGUUUCAAAGUCAAGCCUCAGCCGUCCCUCCUCUAGUUAUUUCCAGGAUGGAUUGCUGCAAUGCGCUCUACAUGGGGCUGCCUUUGAAGACUGUAUGGAAGCUCCAAUUAGUUUGGAAAGCAGCUGCUAAACUGCUAAUAAGAGACCCAGGAGGUGGGAUCAUUUCACGCCUGUUUGGAAAGAAUGCAUUGGUUUCUUGUCCGUUUCCAGGCUCAAAGUGCUGGUGCUUCCCUUUGGUAUAUGACCCAAAUAUUAUUGAUUGAUUGAUUGAUUGAUUGAUUGAUUGAUUGCAUGGCCAUUUAAAUGUGAGCAUUCAUAAUUUAAAUGCACAAUAGAACAUUCCCAUUAAAACAUGCACAGGGAAUGUUUUUCAGCCCACUGGUCACAUUCCCUUUUGGGGUGGUGAGUCUUCUUCUUCUUCUUCUUCUUCUUCUUCUUCUUCUUCUUCUUCUUCUGUGAUACCUCAUAGCCAAGUGUCUUCCAAAAACACAGUUUUAACAGUGAGUCUGUAAGUGACUGUGAAGGCCAGUUCUGGAUCCACACAUCCAUCCACAUUGGGGACAUAGGUUUCCAGGUGGGAGUUGGUCACGGUGUGGAUUUGCCAAACGUGCCUUCCAAUAAUAAUAAUAAUAAUAAUAAUAAUAAUAAUAAUAUAUUUAUACCCUGCCCAUCUGGCUGGGUUUCCCCAGCCACUCUGGGCGGCUUCCAACAAAGUAUUAAAAUAUGGUAGUCUGUUAAACAUUAAAAGCUUCCCCAAAGAGGGCUGCCUUCAGAUGUCUUCUAAAAGUCUGGUAGUUGUUCUUCUCUUUGACAUCUGAUGGGAGGGCGUUCCACAGGGCAGGUGCCACCACCAAGAAGGCCCUCUGCCUGGUUCCCUGUAACUUCUCGCAGUGAGGGAACGGCCAGAAGGCCCUUGGCGCUGGACCUCAGUGUCUGGGCAGAACGAUGGGGGUGGAGACGCUCCUUCAGGUAUACUGGACCGAGGCUGUUUAGGGCUUUAAAGGUCAGCACCAACACUAUGAAUUGUGCUCGGAAACAUACUGGGAGCCAAUGUAGGUCUUUCAAGACUGGUGUUAUGUGGUCUCGGCGGCUGCUCCCAGUCACCAGUCUAGCUGCCACAUUCUGGAUUAGUUUCUCCCUUUCGUCCUGAGUUCGAGCAUCUUCAAAGCCCAUGACACCUUUGGUAAAGGCUAUUCUCCAAUUGGAGCACUCGCAGGCCAGUGUUUCCCAGUUGUCGGUGUUUAUACUACAUUUGCCUUGAGAGAGUCUUUGAACCUCUUUUGUUGCAUUACGCUUCCAAUUUUUAAGUAGGGGCAGAGGGGGAAGUAUUUGCUCUGGAUGAGAUGCAACUAUUCAAAUAAAUCCUUUUGACCCUAGAGAACGGCCAGUCCUACGUCCAGAAGAAGCCCACCAUGUACCCACCUUGGAACAGCACUUUCGAUGCUCACAUCCACAGGGGGCGUGUAAUGCACAUCGUUGUGAAGGACAAGAGCGCCGAAAUGGUCGCAGAAACGACGGUAGAACUCAAUUUGAUUGCAGAGAAGUGCAAAAAGAAGAAUGGGAAAUCAGAAAUCUGGGUAAGCGCCAGAGCCGUUGCUCACUUGCAGGGCCGGAUUUAGAUUUGAUGAGGCCCUAAGCUACUGAAGGUAAUGGGGCCCUUUCUAUGUCCAGCUGUCCUUUGUCAACAACAAAUUGUUACUGUUUUUUGUGUUGAAUAUAUGCUAUAUGGUAAUUUAUGGACUUAAUAGAUAUCUCAAGCCCUUUGCACAUGUUGCCAUGUAACCAGUCCAUGCAGAAUGUAAGGUAAAGGGUAAAGGGAACCCUGACCAUUAGGUCCAGUCGUGACCGACUCUGGGGUUGCGGCGCUCAUCUCGCUUUAUUGGCAGAGGGAGCCGGCGUACAGCUUCCGGGUCACGUGGCCAGCAUGACUAAGCCACUUCUGGCGAACCAGAGCAGCGCACGGAAACGCCGUUUACCUUCCCACCGGAGCGGUACCUAUUUAUCUACUUGCACUUUGACGUGCUUUCGAACUGCUAGGUGGGCCGGAGCAGGGACCGAGCAACAGGAGCUCACCCCGUCGCGGGGAUUCGAACCGCCGACCUUCUGAUCAGCAAGCCCUAGGCUCUGUGGUUUAACCCACAGCGCCACCUGCGUCCUUUAGAGAGAUGUUCUACCACUGAGCUAAUUAAUGGAGACUCUUUUCCUUAAAAGCCAUCUGCAGUCAAUGGGAGUUGCCAGUUCCUGCAGAAUUGAAACACUUGAUUUCAAUAAGCCUGCUGUGAAUUUGCUCAGUCUGAAGGACACUCUUCUAAUAGACUUUGCUUAGAUUUUUUUUUUUAAAAAUCCCCUUUGGGCAGGAAGAAUAAUUGGCAGUAAUAAAACUGACUUGAGCUUGAAUUCGUUCAUGCCUCGCCAGGGAUUUUACUCCAAAAACGUAAUGGAAAGCUUAAUGAAGAAAUGUAGAGAACUGUAUAGAUCAUGAUGCAACUGUCCUGGAAGCUUUCGAAAUGCACUUGUGUAAAACAUUAUUGCUGGCGACGCAGUACCUCUGGUGCUCUGGUUAUCUCCCGCUUGGACUACUGCAAUGCGCUCUACGUGGGGCUACCUUUGAAGGUUACCCGGAAACUACAACUAAUCCAGAAUGCGGCAGCUAGACUGGUGACUGGGAGUGGCCGCCGAGACCACAUAACACCGGUCUUGAAAGACCUACAUUGGCUCCCAGUACGUUUCCGAGCACAAUUCAAAGUGUUGGUGCUGACCUUUAAAGCCCUAAAAGGCCUCGGUCCAGUAUAUCUGAAGGAGCGUCUCCACCCCCAUCGUUCAGCCUGGACACUGAGGUCCAGCUCCGAGGGCCUCCUGGCGGUUCCCUCGCUGCAAGAAGCCAAGUUACAGGGCACUAGGCAGAGGGCCUUCUCGGUAGUGGCACCCGCCCUGUGGAACGCCCUCCCACCAGAUGUCAAAGAGAACAACAACUACCAGACUUUUAGAAGGCAGCCCUGUUUAGGGAAGCUUUUAAUGUUUGAUGUAUUACAGUAUUUUAAUAUUUUUGGGGGAAGCCGCCCAGAGUGGCUGGUGAAGCCCAGCCAGAUGGGUGGGGUAUAAAUAAUAAAUUAUUAUUACUGAGGAUCAGUGACGUAUUGACCUUCUUACAUUUGUGAUCACCAGACUGAAUGAUAAAGGCAGGAGAGGGUGCUGAAUGCCUAGGUAUGAACUGCACAGUGCAAUCCUGUUGCAGAGUUGGGGCAGGUUCAGAAAAGGGGCAACCCAAAUGGUCCCCUAUUUAGAUGACUUUAGAAGAGGUUUAGCUGAAUUUGUGGGCUAUCGAUGGCUAUGAGCCAUGAUGGCAAAGCUCUGCCUCCACUCUGGAAGUGUGCUGGUCCCGAGGGUUAUCCGUGUGGCGAGGUCCGAGUCCGAUCCAAGGUCGAGGGUGCGGUAUGGAGGCUGUCCUUCAAAGCUGUAGCUGGGUCCAAGGCAGGGAGUCAGGUGGGGUCAGGAACUCUGGCAGAAGAGCAGGACAGGGUGCAGGCAGGAACCGGCUAGAAACAACGUUGCUCCCGCAACCUGGGACUGGGGCUGACUGGCUUUUAUCUGCCCCGAGGCAUAGAGCGGCCCCGGUCCACAGGUGACUCGCCUCUCCUGGCCUGGAAGCGAGCACUCCUCCUGCGGGAACUUAGUUCCCUCUAUCUUUCUGCCCUGAGCCUCUGCAGCUCAGGAGAGGCUGGAGGGUUACCGGACCCAGAGGCAACCUCCGCUUCCCCUGACGGGGCUGAGAGUGGAGCACCUGCAGGCAAUGGGUCCUCCAUCACCUCAGGAGCCAGAGCAGACUCAGCUGAUGCCUGCACCUGAGGAUCCAGCAUAGGUGAGGACCCUUCAGGCUCAUGCCCCAGCUCCAGCUCAGCUGGUUCUGGAGGCGAGGACUCCUGUGCAGGCUGGGAUUCCUCAGGUUCAGCCUCCAAGUCCGAAUCCCAGGCCAUCACAGGAAGGCAGCAAUGCUUCUGAAUACCAGUUGCUGAAAACAGCAGGAUGGACCAGUGGUGUAGCAUGGGUUGCCAGUACCCGGGGCUGUGUGGAAGCAAGGAAACGGAUGGAGUACACAUGCACAUUCAACUGCCUAAUGACGUCAUCCACUGCAGCCACAGACAUGAGAUGAGAAGAGUCGUUCCAUUGUCUAGAGAGGUCACUUCUUGAUUCUCAUGGAAAAGCCAUUUUCGAUGGAGUCCAGCAACAGAGGCAGCACCGGGUGUUUGAAAUUUUGUGCCCCCUAGCAAUUUUGGGCCUGGGACAACCACCCCUUUGCCCACUCCCACACUACACCACUGCAUAAGAGUGUGUUCUUGUGCUUCAGUCCUCCUUGAAAGUUUCCCACAGGCAACUGGCUGACCGCUGUGAGAACAGGACACUGGGCUAGAUGGGCCAUUGGUCUGAUCCAGCAAAGUUCUUGUAUUUUCAUCCAGGAGGACAAGCAAAGGAUUACAGUGGUACCUCUGGUUGCGAGCAGGAUCCGUUCCGGAGCCCUGUUCACAACCUGAGCAGAACGCAACCUGCAUCUGCGCGUCUGCGCAUGCGCGGGUCGCGAUUUGCCGCUUCUGCGCAUGCGCGUGACAUCAUUUUGAGUGUCUGCACAUGCGUGAGUGCCGAAACCCGGAAGUAACCCUUUCCGGUACAGUGGUACCUCGGGUUACAUUUGCUUCAGGUUACAUAUGCUUCAGGUUACAGACUCCGCUAACCCAGAAAUAGUGCUUCAGGUUAAGAACUUUGCUUCAGGAUGAGAACAGAAAUCGUGCUCCGGCGGCACGGCAGCAACAGGAGGCCCCAUUAACUAAAGUGGUGCUUCAGGUUAAGAACAGUUUCAGGUUAAGUACGGACCUCCAGAACGAAUUAAGUACUUAACCUGAGGUACCACUGUACUUCCGGGUCCCCGCGGGAGCAACAUGAAAAGAUUUAACCUGAAGCGUCUUUAACCCGAGGUAUGACUGUAUGUCUGUUAACCAAUGUCAAGUGUUCUCAACCUCCCUUCAUAAUAAAUAAAUAAAUACUUUAAUACAUUUAUUUAUUUAUUAAUUUUUUACUGUGGAUCACAAGAUGAUUGCAAGAUCUUUCCAUUAUGGCUUUCCAUGCAAUGGUCACUCCCUGGCUGUUUUGUCACUCACUCUUCCUUUUUAAGCAAAAAACAAAAGCUAUUUUUAACUUGCCUUCCUUUAUUUUAUUUUAUUUUUAGCUAGAACUGAAGCCACAAGGCAGAAUGUUAAUGAAUGCAAGAUACUUCCUGGAAACUACUGGCAAGUGAUGGUCAUAUUAUUGCUACGACAUAUUCAGUUAUUUUCACUGCGGAUUUCCCCACCCUGAAAGCUCAGGUUGGGACAUGGUAAUUUCAAAAUGUACAAAAUCCCAACGCAGAGCGAUAAAUACUUUUACAUAAAAAAACACAGCAGAGCCUCAAAAUAUUGAAAUUCUUAAACUGCUCAGGGACCAGUUCAAUGGCUGGUGCAAUUUUAAUUGGCUAUUAUGGCAACAUAUUGGGAUUUGUGACACCCAAAGGACUGAUUCACACAUGCGCGAGCGUCAUUUGCUGUCUUUCAUCACUCAGGACAAACCCUGGGCCACUUCUGGACUCCUUGUUUUUGGACGGAAUUCAGUCACAUCCUGGUGAAUUUUAGUUUGUGCAAUUGAAGAUGGUUUGGUGCUUUCAUGUAACAAACCAGCUUCCUGAGAAGGAAAGUGACUGGAAAAUAGAUUGGAAAGCAUAUUGCUUGCUGGAUGCAAGGUGGUCUAACCACCCUGUGAGCAUAUCAGAACGAAUGCACAAUAAAUAGCCAACGUAGUCCGAAAACACCCUACAAACUUUUUACGAGCAAAUCGGGGUGAAUUCUUGAGAAACAGUUAAUGGGCAAUUGUGUGUUCGCUGUUUUGUUUUUAAAAAAACUACAGUAAAUUGCAAGCUCAGCUGGUCCACUCCAGAUUUGGAUCUUGGGUAGGAACAGCCUUGUCUUUUUGUUACAGUCCCAAACUGGAGUCACACACCCCACACCCCUGCAAUUUACAUUUGGGCAGAAAGGUCCUGUUUUCCUCCCAGUUCAAAGAUUGAGUGUAAAGAGCUUUAGCUUAGUAGUAGGACACCAUUUUUCUGGUUCAGUCCCCAAUUUUGUCAUCAUUUCCUGCUUGUAGCAUCUGGUUGGCUAUUGUAAGAACAGAGUGCUGGACCAGAUAAGCAAUUGCCCUGAUUCAGGAUGGCUAUUCCUAUGCUUCUUUCAUUUGGGGUAGGGGUCUUUACAGGAGAUGCCCGACAUUUGAUGAGAGCCAAAAUUACAGCCAUGUUACUUCUGCUGGAUGGUACUGUUAUGUACUGAAGUUCUCACCCUGGGCCAGCAGGGGGAUACUGUAGAUAGUUAUGCAAAUAAGGGAUCGAAAGUGGCGUUCAGUGAUUGGAUAGUUUUAGAAAGUUGUUGCAGUAACGUUGUACUGGAGCUCUAUGUAAGCAGGCUGACUGAACCCUUCAGUUCUAUUCUGGCCUGUGAAUAAACAAGAGCUGUUUGAAGAAUCGCUGUGUCGUCUGAUAUGUUCACCCACAACUUAACAGGUACCACUUCAGGCUGGGAGAGGACCUUGUGUCAGUCCUCCCUGCACAUCAAAAUCUAGCAGAUCAAGGACAAAUGUAGGUGAGAACCCUGCUCCCUGACCUGCUAGUUUUUCAAAGACAUGGAAUCCCACCCCCCAUGGGGCAAGCAUUCAGGCAUAUGACACCCCCACACCCCCAGGCAGUCCACAAAUAUAUGCACCAACCACUCACUUCUCUUGGUUGUGUGACUCAGCUCUCUGAGUUGUUUUAGGAAGUGUGCCCUGCUCUUUAUUUUUAAAGCUGACGCCUUUUCGAGCUGAUUUAAAUAUAUGUUAUUUUAGCUUAUUGGAAGACCACAGGAAUUCGUCAUCAGAAUAACGAGACUUCUCUCUCUUUCUCUCACCCAGAUGAUCCAGAGUUUAUUGACUGUGAAAAGGAAGGGUUUUUCUCUCUGCACCAACGCAGAGGAGCCAUCAAGCAAGCCAAGAUCCACAAUGUCAAGUGUCACGAGUUCACUGCUACCUUCUUCCCUCAGCCCACGUUCUGUUCCGUUUGCCACGAGUUUGUCUGGUAUGACACAUGGCUUCCCCUCCCUUCCUUGAUCUAUUCCCAUGGCAGUCUUCUUCCCCCAACCUGAUGCCCAAGUUUUUGGGACUACAACUCCCAUCAGGCCCCAGUCUGAAUGGCCCUAGACUAGCCUUUGCCAGUUGUGCUUGCUGUGGCUGAUGGGAAUUGUAGUCCAAAACAUCUGUAGAGCACCAAUGUGAGGAAGAUUGUCUAGUGGGGAAGGGGCAAGCUGCUGCUUCUCUGAUGGAGAGGGAGGGGUUUGGAAGAGAGAUCUCUUCCUCUCUCGCAGCAAAAUUAUACACAAUGGCAAUUGCUCCAAGGACAUUAAAACUUGGUUAAAUUUGCAUCUGCCCUCAUCUACCUUAAACAAAUGUUCCCCAUGAAAAUACGAAAUCUUGCAAAUAAGUGGAUGUUUUACUCAGUGUUUCCAGACAUUACAGCAAAGUAGUCUCCAUCAAUUGGCAGUAAGACGAAUAUGAAAAGGGGUUUCGAAUGACUUAAAAAGAAAAGUACUUGCUUUCUUUUUUUAAAAAAAGAUCAUACAGUCUUUGAGUUGCCAAAGAUGCAGGCUUUAAAAUCUCCAUUUUGGAGAGAUUCGGUUCACUUGGAGGAACAACUGAGCUGGGAGCCAAAGCCACAUGGCUCCUUCUUUGCUUGUUCCAGGAAGCACAAAGAGAAAAAGACUGAGAAGCAGAGUAGGGGGUGGGGAGAGCAGAGGCUGCUGAGUGCCUACUUAGCCACACCCACUCUGGUAACGAACUCAUGGCUCAGGUUAACCCUUUCAUGCGUGCAAUUGUGAGUCAGUAACUGUAUAUAUUACAACAGAACCCUCUUACCGGAAGGGCCACUGCGAACCAUUCCUCAAUGUGAAUUCAAAAUCCUACCCAGCCCCCUAUAUGCAAAUGAUGCAACCUCAAAUAGCUGUUGGAAGCAAACGACACCUAUGAAUUUAACAUGUAUUUUUGAAAAUUUGAAUAGCAUCCGCUGCAGGGGGAUUUCCUCCCCUUUGGGCCCGAAGGAGGAUUGAUGGGAGAAAGAGUGUGUGUGUGUGUGUGUGUGAGAGAGAGAGAGAGAGAGAGAGCGCAAAAAUCACCUUAAAAGGAGGGAUUUUCCUCAGAACCAUAGCAGAAGAGAAAAGGGCUAAAUUUCUACUCCAUGCUUGCUUUGAUUCUCUCCCCCAACAGAUUAUCUUUGCAUUUUUAAAAAGAAACUUGCAUGUUCUAAAUGCAAAGACAUAUUUAAUGUCCUGCUUCUACCUUGAACAUAUUGCUAUCGUACUAAUAGUGGCUUCAGUUUUCUCCAGUCCUUAUCCAGCUGACACGACUUAUUUGAGGAAAUUUGACCAUCCCCCAAAUUCAGAAAGACAUUUACGCAAGCUAAAUUCCAUGUCUUCCCACCUGCACUAUUGGAAGGCAGAUACAGAAAGAUUCCUUAUGGCGAAGGGGUCUGCCCAUGUAAGAGCGGUCAGAUAAAAACUGUGGGCCACGUUCUAUUCCACUGUAGAUUUUAUACAGAUCUCAGAGCCUCUCUCGUGACCCUUUGUGUAUGAAAAGUACCAGGAAGGAUUCUGUCCAACCAGAAUCCAGAUGUCACUAGAAAUGUACAGCAGAUAGAUUUUGUGCAAUAGCCAUAAGUCAAAGAAAGCAAGAGAUUACACAGCUGCACAAACAGUCAUAAAUCAUUACAGCUUAUAGUUAAAUCUUCUUAUUCUAUUAUUUCUUAAAUGGAGUUCUUAAGUCUAUUUAAUUAGUAUAUUGAUUGUUAAAUUCCACUCUGAUCAUCUUUAUCGUUUUUGUAAAGAACUACGCAGCAAUUCUGGUUUUAGUAUGCUGGCUGUUUGGCCAUAAUAAUAAACAUUCGUUCAUUCACUUGAGUGAGGAGCCUAGCCUUCCUGGGCCCAGAUCCCAACACACGGCAUUUAUUUUGUUUUAAAGUCAUUCUUCUCAAAUAUAUAUGACAAACAUUAUCCUUACUCCAGAUUCUCUCCUUUCUGUGUUUCAGGGGUCUUAACAAGCAAGGUUACCAGUGCAGACGUAAGAAACUUUUAGCAUAUCGCGUUAUUUACAACUGCCAAAAUAGAAACUGCAGUGUUUCUUGCCCCGAAGAAAACCGAGAAUGCUUUAAAAAAAAAUUAGCAAGCCAGCCGUGGAAGCAAAGAGCGCAUGUGUAAAUGUGACCUACAAGAGCCGUGUCACCUCUCACAGACUACAGUAGGAAUUAAUGACAACAUUCUCUAUUGGUCUACUCUGAAGUAAGGCAAAUUGAGAUCAGUGGGACUUACGCCCAGGUCAGAAGGCAUAGGGUUACAGCUGAAAAGUGCCUAAUUUCUGGCUGGGUUGUGGGUCAACACACUCCCAUUUCAACUCUUUUGAGAAGCGUUCCAAACCUAAGCUGGAUCUCUCCUGUAAUUUCUUAUGAAAUUCUGCAUUUUGAGGCGUUUUCCCAUGAACCAGCUUCAGUCGGAAUUGAGACAAAGAACAGCCUGGGCAUGCUUUAAGCUACACAGCCUGUGUUUUGUUAAAUUCAAUCCUAAAAAACAGCGGGGAGCAGGCAGAAGCUACAUGCAGGUAUAUUCCUUCUGUGCAACAGAUUCUGGUUGAGUCUCCAGGUCUGAUAUUUUAGGGAUUUCAGCUUUUCCUUAGGGUCUCCAGGAAAAGUGCAAAAUCGCCAAGUGAUAAGCCAAAAUCGAGGGGAUACGCCACUUUCCCAUUGGCUCUGGAACUUUUGCAAUUUGCUCCACCCAGUCAGGGUGCUGGCUUAUUCCCACACAGGAAAGGUCCAUAUCCUCUCUUUAAGAAUGUACAUUGGCUCCCAGUAUGUUUCUGAGCACAAUUCAAAGUGCUGGCGCUGACCUUUAAAGCCCUAAAUGGCCUCGGCCCAGUAUACCUGAGGGAGCGUUUCUACCCCCAUCGUUCAGCCCGGACACUGAGGUCCAGCUCCGAGGGCCUUCUGGUGGUUCCCUCACUGUGAGAAGUGAGGUUACAGGGAACCAGGAAGAGGGCCUUCUCGGUAGUGGCACCCGCCCGGUGCAAACACCUUCCCUUCAGAUGUCAAGGAAAAAAACAACUGACUUUUAGAAGACAUCUGAAGGCAGCCCUGUAUUGGGAAGUUUUUAAUGUUUGAUGUUUUAUCGUAUUUUAAAUAUUCUAUUGGGAGCCACCCAGAGUGGCUGGGGAAACCCAGCAAGAUGGGCAGGAUAGAAAUAAAUUGUUGUUGUUGUUGUUAAUAUUAUUCUAAUGUCCAAUACUAUAUUUGCAAUAUUUGCAAUAUUUGCAAUAUUUCUCUUAUUGCUUGUGGCUGGCUUGAAAACGGAAUUAAACAAACCUGUGAAGGAUUAGGUUAUAACAGGGGUAGGCAACCUAAGGCCCGUGGGCCGGAUCUGGCCCAUUGCCUUCUAAAUCCGGCCCAUGGACAGUCCAGGAAUCAGCGUGUUUUUACAUGAGUAGAAUGUGUCCUUUUAUUUAAAAUGCAUCUCUUACUUCUUGUGGCCCUUCAACAAUGCUUUAUAUGGUUUGUUUUCCCUUCCCAGAAUGCAAUGCUGCCAUUCACAAGAAGUGCAUUGACAAAGUAAUAGCAAAGUGUACGGGAUCAGCCAUCAAUAGCAGAGAAACCAUGGUAUGUAUCUGAAUGAAGGUCCUUUUUGUGAAUCAGCUGAAGGCGGCAUGUAUCUGAAUGAAACUUCUUGUGAAUCGGUUGAGGGCAGCGUGUCUCUGAAUGAAGGAUGUUUUUGUGAAUCAGUUGACAACACACCGGUUGCCAAGAGUUUGAAAACACCUUUCCUCAUUAAAAAAAAAAAAAGGAUUGGAGAAAAUCAUGGGCCUCAAGGUCACAAGGGUUGUUAGGUAGAGACGUGCAGAUAGAUUUGGUGCCCUCUGCCAAUCUCUUUUCUUCACAACAACCCUGUGAAGUAGGCUAGGCGGACACAAAUGGGACUACACAGCCACACGAGGUGUAAACAUGGCGUCUGCGAGGAAUUUAAGCGAAUUCCGUAUGCAUGGUGCAAAAAAUCUCAACAACUCUGUGGGUGUCUGUCAGGAAUUUUACUUUUUGAACCCUACACAAGGGAAAGGAACGGCUCCAGAAUUUUUGCUGCCUGGGGCAGAUUAGAAAAUGGGGUCCCCUGUUGCAGUCCAAGUGCGUCGUCCCUAAGGCCAGCAAACUUACUUUGGCAGCAGAGACAGAAAAUCCCACCAGCAUCUCUCGCCCUCCCAGCAGCACUAAGAAAUGCAAUGCUAAUAACUGCAACAAUUUCCUAUAUUUUUGUGACAUCCAAAAUUGACCGCCUGAUGCUGUUGCCUCACUCUGCCUAAUGACAGAGCCGGCACUGAUGCCACGGCUGAAUGGGGUCUGAACUCACCUAUCCUGACCUAAGUCCUGUUGGCUCUCAUGAUGCCAUUGCCUCCGUGAGUUGCCUUGGGCAAGAUGUCGUCUUUCCUCUCCUACUCCAAAAUGACCUACUUCGCAGGCAAGCUGGAUAAAAUAUUUGUAUACAGCAGAGAGAGGGAACCUCCAGAUGUUGCUGGACAGCAGUUCUCACUUCCCUGACAAUUUGCCAUGUUGACUGAGGCUGAUGGGAGCUGGAGUCUAACCACAUCUGGAUGUCCACAGCUUUCCUGGUCUAUUGUGAAUGUUAAGUUGUGGGUGAUUCUCGGAGCUGGACCUCAGUGUGUGGGCUGAAUGAUGGGGGUGGAGAUGCUCCUUCAGAUAUACUGGACCGAGGCCGUUUAGGGCUUUAAAGGUCAGCAAUUCUUCAAACAGCUCUUGUUUAUUCACAGGCCAGAACAGAACUGAACUGAAGGGUUCAGUCAGCCUGCUUAUAUAGAGCUCAACUACAACGUAACUGUAACAAUUUUCUAAAACUAUCCAAUCACUGAACGUCACUUUCGAUCCCUUAUUUGCAUAACUAUCUACAGUAUCUCCCUGCUGGCCCAGGGUGAGAACUUCAGUACAUAACAGUGAAAGUGAGGGACAACAUUUGAUUACAGUCACUGCAGAACCCAUGACAUUGUUUAUAAUUCCUUGUUCAAUUCAUUUGCACUGGAACUGUUUGUAUUUGCAAAAGAGGAACUGUUUAAAGGCUUGAACCCCUUUAGUUUUGUAUGUAUUUGCAACACCAGAAGCAGGCCAUGUGCGUCCUCUGACCUCGUCCUCUCUCUCUCUCUCUCUUUUGCAGUUCCACAAAGAGAGGUUUAAGAUUGACAUGCCCCACCGAUUUAAGGUCUACAAUUACAAAAGCCCAACAUUCUGCGAUCACUGCGGCACUCUGCUCUGGGGUCUGGCGCGGCAGGGUUUGAAAUGUGAUGGUAAGUCCAGGGACUCAGCUAUAGAGCUGUAAAUAUAACAUGAAUAGAACGCAACCCGCAGCGGUGCGUCUGCGCACGCGCGGGUUGCGAUUCGCCACUUCUGCGCAUGCGCAUGACAUCAUUUUGUGCUUCUGCGCAUGCGCGAGUGGCGAAACCUGGCGGUAACCUUUUCCGGUACUUCCGGGUCACAACCUGAAAAAACCGUAUCAUGAAGCAAACGUAACAUGAGGCAUGACUGUAGUAUUAUUAUUAUGAGGAAUGGUUGAAGGAGCUGAGUUUGUUUAGCCCGGAAAAGAGGAGACUGAGAGGAGAUAGCAUAGCAAUCUUCAAAUAUCUCAAGGGCUGUCUCAUGGAAGAGGGAGCAUACUUGUUUUCUCCUGCUCUGGAGGGUAGGUCUCAAACCAAUGGCUUCAAUUUACAAGAAAGAAGAUUCCAACUAAAGAACAGGAAGAAUGUUCUGAGGAUAAGAGCUGUUUGGCAGGGGAAGAGACUCCCUUGGGAAGUUGUGGAAUCUCCUCCCUUGGAGGUUUCUAAGCAGAGGUUGGGUGGCCAUCUGCCAUGGAUGCUUUAGUUGAGUUUCCUGCAUUGCAGGGGGGCUGGACCACAUGACCCUCAUGGUCCCUUAAAGGUAAAGGUAAAGGGACCCCUGACCAUUAGGUCCAGUCGUGACCGACUCUGGGGUUGCGGCGCUCAUCUUGCUUUACUGGCUGAGGGAGCCGGCGUACAGCUUCCGGGUCAUGUGGCCAGCAUGACUAAGCCACUUCUGGCGAACCAGAGCAGCACACGGAAACGCCGUUUACCUUCCCGCUGGAGCGGUACCUAUUUAUCUACUUGCACUUUGACGUGCUUUCAAACUGCUAGGUUGGCAGGAGCAGGGAGUGAGCAACGGGAGCUCACCCCGUCGCAGGGAUUCAAACCGCCAACCUUCUGAUCAGCAAGUCCUAGGCUCUGUGGUUUAACCCACAGCACCACCCGCGUCCCCUCCAACUCUACAAUUCUAAGAUUCCAUGACAGAUUUUCCACCCCUGUUUGUAACAGAAGGGGAAACAGCAGAGGGAGAUAGGAGGAGAUAGGAAUCAUCCUUCUGAUAGUACAGUUCUCAGUGGGGAGGACCAGAGUUGAGCCUGCUUUCCUGGUUGCCACUUCUCAGAUGAGAGACCUACAGAGAACGUUAGGUAAAGGCUGGCAGCAGGAUCAGGUCAUUGAUAACCACAGUUAUCAUAAAUCAUAGUUUAACUGUGUGCUGGAUGAAAAAGAAAGAGCUGUUUGACAGUGGAACGGUGUGCUGUGCCCGGGUCUAACCCGUGAAACGCAGUCCAGGACUGGUCCAGAAUCCGAAGGUUCCACUGGGAGUCAGUCCGACAGGGCCAAGGCAGGACACGAGGCAGCAAACCAGGCAAGGACAGGUAUAGGAUCUCAGGCAGGAUCUGACAUAUGGCAAUGUUGCUCCCGCAACCUGGGGCAGGGUCCGACAGCCUUUUAUCUUUGUCGGGGUAACAGCCAGUCCUGAUCCCCUGGAGACUCACCUCCCUGUUUUGCCCGAAGGUGAGCACUCCUCCUGCGAGUACUCAGGUCUCUCCUUCUCUCAGACCUUACUCUCUGCAGCUCGGGAGAUGUUGGUGUGUUACUAGACCCAGCGGUCAUCUCAGCCUCCCCUGACCCAACUGGUAGUGGAGCAGCUGUAAGUGAUGGCCCAGCUGAAGGCAACAAGGUAAUCCCCGCAUCUGGAGCCAGGGCAGGCUCAGGCCCCUGACUUGGCCCAGCUGGUGUUUGUUGCAGGGGAACCUGUGCAGACUGGGACUCUUCAGGAUCAGGCCCCAGACUUGGUUCAGAUGAUGCCUGAGGCAAAGGAUCCGGUGCAGACUGAGACUCCUCUGGUUCCCAGUCCGAGCCUGAGUCCCAGGCCAUCACAAACGGUCUCCCUUGGGAGGUUCUAGACUCUCCUUCCUUGCAGGUUUUUAAGCAGAGGUUGGGUGGCCAUCUGUCAUGAUGCUUGAGUUGAGAUUGCUGCAUUGCAGUGGGUUGGACUAGAUGACCCUUGGGGUCCCUUCCAGCUCUAUGAUUCCAUGAUUCUGCAUACCAGUUUGUGGAAACCGCAGGAGGGGAGGGUGCUCUUGGGCUUGGGUCCUGCUCAAAGGUUUCCCACUGGGUGGCCACUGCAAGACCAAGAGGCUGGACUCAUUGCACCAUUGGCCUGACCCAGCGGGUUCUUAUAAUGUUCUUAACCUGCGGACUGGAUUCUCUUAACGUUGCCAGAACCUCACCUGUUGACUCCAUGCCUUCCUUGCAGCCUGUGCCAUGAACGUCCACCACAAGUGCCAAGCCAAAGUGGCAAACCUCUGCGGCAUCAACCAGAAGCUCAUGGCGGAAGCGCUGCAACUGAUCGAGAGCCGGCAGCAGGUGGGCAAGCGGCGUCGUUCUUUGGCUCCUCUGGGGCAAAAAAAGCACAGAAGGCUGGGAGCUUAUGUAUAUUUCUUGUACUUGCCACCUCUACAAAAGAGGAUGUCCCAUUCUCCCUGUGAGUUUAUUUUAGUUGGUUUGAAGUAUCAGAUGAAAUGGGGGCUGGAUUCCUCCCUUGCCCCUGCCGUCCAACUUUAGCAGGUGGGUGGGGCUGCCCCGCCUGUCCAUCAUCUGACGCCAACCUCAUUAUGACAUCGGGUGACAACUUCAAAGCAGGCCCCUUUACUGUGGGUGCCAAUCAGCUCAUUGGUGCCAGGAGAAACCCCUACCUUCAAAGGGCUUUGCUUCCGGUGACAAUCAGCUGACGGUUGGUGACAGCAAGCCAUUUGAAGUCCAUUUGCAAGCGAUUCAGAGAGAUGAUUUGGAGAUUGCUGGCAGCACCGAUCAGGUGACAAAGACGUCUAUUGACUAGGGCGCUCUUGAUGGUCCUGCAUGCAGGUUUCCUCCAAGUUUCUGGUCGCCAUGAUGGAGACUCUGCCCUACCUUCACUGUCAGAGGCAGCAAUGCUACCAGCUGUCGGAAGCCACAAGAGUGGCUGUUGUGCUCAUGUUCUGCUUGUUUCCCAUGGGCAUCUAGUGGGCUACUGUGAGAAUGCUGGACUAGAUGGGCCAUUGACCCAAUCCUAGAGGCUCUUAUUAUUAUUAUUUUACAGCUGGCACCUUUAAAAUGAAAUGAAAUGAAAUACGUUAUUGUCACUUGUACAACUUGUAUACAGUGAGGUUACACAAGCGCCCCUCACUCAGCUCUCUUAGUCUUAAUUCCCCUCGUUUACUGACGCACACCCACCAAACCCUAAAGUCAGUUGCCCUGUUGUUAUCUUUUCAUUCAGCAGCCUAACAGCCCACGGAUAGAAGCUGUUCUUUACCCUGUUGGUGCGACUAAUCAGGCUUCUAUAUCUUCUGCCUGAGGGCAAGAGAUCAAGAAAGUGCCGGCCAGGUCAUCUUUCCCUCGUUGGGCAAAAACUCAUCUUCUCCCCACGGCCAGCCCAACUCUUUGACAAGUUGCCAAGAAGUGUGUUUGUUUCUGUGUGUGAUCUGCAUUCUGGUUGUAGGGUGUUUUCCGUGGUUGUAGGGUGUCAUCUAUGGAUAAACUCCAUCGAUUGUUAUUUUUUUUAGUUUCCAAUCUUGUGCCCCAUGCUAGAUCCCACACUUGCACAGUGUCCAGCAAGCAUGCUACGUGAUUCAUUCCUUUACUCAUUUUUACCAUGAGGCAGGCUAGAAGCUUGCGGGAGUCAGAGAAGAUCUUGAGAGAAGGACCUGUGGAAAUUGUCUUCCCUGACACAGACCCGACGCCUGCUCUUCCUCCUGUGCCAGCACCUCCAGCAGGGAAAAAAGGUGCUGUAUUUUAUCGUUUGAGUAAAGGUAAAGGGACCCCCGACCGUUAGGUUCAGUCGUGACCGACUCUGGGGUUGCGGCACUCAUCUCGCUUUAUUGGCCAAGGGAGCUGGCGUACAGCUUCCGGGUCAUGUGGCCAGCAUGAUUAAGCCAUUUCUGGCGAACCAGAGCAGCGCAUGGAAACGCCGUUUACCUUUCCGCCGGAGUGGUACCUAUUUAUCUACUUGCACUUUGCUGUGCUUUCGAACUGCUAGGUUGGCAGGAGCAGGGACCAAGCAACGGGAGCUCACCCCAUCGUGGGGAUUCGAACCGCCGACCUUCUGAUUGGCAAGUCCUAGGCUCUGUGGUUUAACCCACAGCGCCACCCGCAUCUCAGUUAUCGUUUGAGUAGCCACCUUAUUUAGCAGCCUCCUUGGUCUAUAUAUAUAUGUUUUGGCUUUAAACAUUUACCUGCCAAAUAUUGAGAAAGGAGAUAAAACAGGGACCUGUACAAGACAAGGCCUGCAGUCAAUGGAAAGGAUGACCUCAGAAGGUGAUGGAUUCUCCCUCAGUGGAGACUUUUAGCAAAGGUUGGGUGGCCAUCAAUCAAGGAUUCUUUAACUGAUAUUCCCUUUAUUUCAGGGGUAGGACUAGAUGACCCUGAGGGACCCUUCCAACUCUAUGACUCCUGCACAGAGUUACUUGGGAAUAAGCUCCACAGAAAACAAAUGAAUCGCCCUUAGAUUAAUAUUGUUAUUCACGUUCCACCUUUCCUCCAAGGUGUUCAAGAUGGUGGACACAGUUUUUCCCCUCCCCCUUUUAUCUUCACAACAAUAUUUGUCAAAAUUACAAAUACCCAAAUACAGACGGUCAUUUACCCUCGCUAGAUUCAACGUGCUGCCAUCUGCCUUAUUGCAGGGCAGAUUCGAGGGUAAACCAUACAUGGAACGAGUCUGCCCCUGCGGCUUGAUGGAGGUAGAAACUGUCUCUCAUGUCUUGUUACGCUGCCGUUUCCACGUGGAUAUACACUCGGUAUUUAUCUCUCCUGUUAUACAGAAAUCUCCAAAUGGGUCCGAACUUCAAUGUCUAAAACUCCUGGUAGAGGACAAGGAUCUAGAGAUUACGCUAAGGGUGGCCAAAUUCUGUGUGACUGCCAUAAAACUUAGGGAACAAGCUGUACUACCAAAAUGACUAAGGUUUUAAAUGAUAAUUUUAGGUUAUCUUUUAGUGAUCAAGAUUUUAUAUGUAUAUUUUUUAACUGCCGCUAUAUCUGAAUUGUCUCUGUUAUACCCAAUUGCAAUUCAAUGUAUUCCUGUUGUGUUUUAUGAUUUUCCUGACCUGGAACCGGUCUGUGACCGUAAUAAUAAAAUUCUAUUCUUCACAACGACCUUGUGAAGUGGGUUAGGCUGAGAGACAGUCCCCAUCCCACAACCACCCAAGACUGUGUCCCAGGAACACAGCCGAGAGUGUCAGGUGGCUUAAGCCAGCCAGCCCAGCAGGAUCUGUCCCGGGUUACACCUCACCACAAAUUGGGUCGUUGGGUGGAGAGAGAGGUGCAAUGGGGUGCGUUCCCACAAGCAGUUAAGUCUCGUCAGUGCAAUGGGGAGAGCUCUUUCAGUUAACGCAACUCCACUGGGAUCCAUUGCAGAGCCUCAGGGAGUUUCCUGGGAAUCCCCUGCAGAAGACGUCCCGGGUCCCGAUUCCCCGGUGGAACUGGAACCAAGGAAAGACCUCCCUACUCAGCUGCCGAAGUUUACCAUAGAUGAUUUUGUUUUGCACAAAAUGUUGGGGAAAGGAAGCUUUGGCAAGGUAAGGAGCGAAAGCGAGAGCAGGAGACACAACGUACUGUUGGUGUUGGUGUUUUUCACAAAAACAAAGCCCUACUUGAAUUAAAUACAAAAUACCACAUGGAAUUUAUGGAUUACUGUACAGUGGACGCUCGGGUUGCGAACGUGAUCCAUGCGGGAUGCACGUUCGCAACCUGCAGUGGCAUGUUUGCACAUGCGCAGGUUGUGAUUUGGCGCUUCUGCGCAUGCGCAAAGUGCGAUUUAGCACUUCUGUGCAUGCACGGCCGCCGAAACCCAGAAGUAACCCGUUCCGGUAUUUCUGGGUUUCAGCGGUCCGUAACCUAAAAAAAUGCAACCUGAGGUAUGACUGUACAGUAGAACAGAAAACCAGGGUUGUAUUAACCAUUAAACAAGAGCAGGGAACCUCGAUCCACACACUUCUUGCUCUUGAGACUCUUCCUAGGUCAUAUUGCCUCCCCAGGCUACACCCCUUCUCCCCAGCCCUCAAGACUAUAGUCUGCACUCUCCUUAAGUGUUUUUACCUGGUUGGAAUGUGUCCCAGAAUGGGGAUAAUGUCUCUUGCUUGCCUGGGAGGAGGUGCGUGAGUGUACAUGUGUGCAUAGAACUCUCUGGCUUUUGCAUAGCUUGCAUGUAACUUAAAAAGGUAAAGGGCCCCCUGACCAUUAGGUCCAGUCGUGGCCGACUCUGGGGUUGCGGCGCUCAUCUCGCUUUAUUGGCCGAGGGAGCCGGCGUACAGCUUCCGGGUCAUGUGGCCAGCAUGACUAAGCCACUUCUGGCGAACCAGAACAGUGCACGGAAAUGCUGUUUACCUUCCCGCUGGAGCUGGACCUAUUUAUCUACUUGCACUUUGACGUGCUUUUGAACUGCUAGGUUGGCAGGAGCAGGGACUGAGCAACGGGAGCUCACCCCGUCACGGGGAUUUGAACCGCUGACCUUCUGAUCAGCAAGCCCUAGGCUCUGUGGUUUAACCCACAGCGCCACCCGCAUCCACAAUAAAACUGACACCUGUUGCUCCACUCACUUAUUCCUUCGGCCCCACCCACACGGCCUCUGAAAGCUCACCCACAAAAGAGAGUGGCCCUUGAGUCGGGAAGUGCUCCCCAUCCCUGCACGACACCUUGGCUACUCGCUUUCAAAUCAGUCUUUGCAAACAUAGGGACUAGAAACUUGAUAAACAUUCCAUCUGAGAUUUUUGGUUAAUUCUGCACUCAAUUCUGAAUUGCGCAUCUUUGCUUAACCUUGCCAUGAAUCGCAGCUUUUUGCUGUACCCCUGGAUUUAUUUAUUUUUGCCCAGGUCUUCCUUGUUGAGCUGAAGGACACGAACCAGUUUUUUGCCAUGAAAGCUUUGAAGAAGGAGGUGGUGCUGAUGGAUGAUGACGUCGAAUGUACCAUGGUGGAAAGGCGGGUCCUCUCUCUGGCUUGGGGACACCCGUUCCUCACUCACGUCUUCUGUACAUUCCAGACAAAGGUAACCAAUUUCUUUCCUAUUCACUCAGAAUAGAGAUUCUCAUACUGUCUGCCUUCAGGACCCACUUGAGAAAGUCCACCAGUCACAAAAUGGCAGCCAGUGGGGCAUGGUAUUCAGAUGAGUUUUAGUAAUACAUUGGUACCUCAGGUUACAGACGCUUCAGGUUACAGACUCCGCUAGCCCAGAAAUAUUACCUCGGGUUAAGAACUUUACCUCAGGAUGAGAACAGAAAUUGUGCAGUGGCAGCAGGAGGCCCCAUUAGCUAAAGUGGUACCUCAGGUUAAGAACAGUUUCAGGUUAAGAAUGGACCUCCAGAACGAAUUAAGUUCUUAACCCGAGGUACCACUGUAAUAAUAAUAAUAAUAAUAAAUUUUAUUCAUACCCCGCCCUCCCCAGCCAAGACCAGGCUCAGGGCGGCUAACACCAGGUAUAAAAACAAUUGAUUAAAACACAACUUAAAAACAAGAUUAAAAUACAACAUUAAAAUGCAGCCUCAUUUCAGUAGCAACUCAAAUCAAAAACUUUUUGAGGAUGAAAACGUCAAAUCUUCACCAAGGCCAACUAUCCAGACUGGCCUUCGUGGGCCAGAAAAAAAGCCAGGGAAGUCCCCAAAUAGGAGUUCCAUCACAGAAGGAGAAAGGAAAAAGGAUGGGCCGUCUUAUCCAUAAGCGCUAGGGGUGCGGGGCACCCGGGCGCCGGGCUCUCAGAGUCUGGGGCCCGAGAGUUGAGUCGGGGAAGAGCCCGCCCGUCGGUCGGAGCAUCGUGCAGGUUCUUCUGCUGCGGGCAGCUCUGCGCCGUGAGUUCGGGGGCGACCGAGCCAGCGAGACACUGAGGCGGCUGUCUGGCUCUGCAUUCCUGUGCGUCUGGGACUGGGCAACCAGGGGGAGGCGCCAAGCGAAUCUUUGCACGCUGGUACCGCAUAUGUUUAAGACAGCCCUGCCUCCAGGCACCCACAUGUGUGGGUUGAACAGACAAGGAAAUUUAGCUUAGCAGAGAUUCAAAUCCUAUCCUUAGCAGAAAAUGCUGGAAGCAUAGGAAUUCAGCUGGAAAGCAAGCUGGCUCCCCCUUUUCUUAACAAAGAAUCCUACAACAGACUGAGAAGUAACUUUAAAGUACACUUUACUUACUCAUACAUUCCUUGGUUCUCAGAUGCAACAGCAUUAAAAGCUAUACAGGUAAAAUACUUAUAUUUACAGUAGAAGCAGCCUCAGGCAUGUGCCUGAGCUGAAGCAACUGGAUAUCUGUCUGCUCCCAUAAAGAGGGAGAGAGAAAGGAACAAGAAAUGCUGGGUGCUCUUUCAGGAGAGGAGGGGAAAUGAUAUCACACAGAGCCCUCUCUAUCAAUUACAUGUCUAUGGUUUGGGUCCGCCUAUCAGCAAUACAGCUCUGUGGUCUUAACCCCUUCACAUGCUAACUAGCAAGAAUAUGCAUUAGAUUUGGUUGAUAAUUUCCCACAAUGAUAGACUUUUGGAGAAUGGGGUUUAAGAGCUUAUCCACAUUUCCCUUUGUCCCGUGAUUUAUUCCAUUUGUCCCAUGAUUUCUAGGCACAGGCGUUUCUUUUGUUUCCCUACUUUCUCCGGGAAAACCACCUGUAAAAUGGGUAUCAUAAAUCCUUUGGUUUCUCUUCAGAUUGUAUAAAUCUUUCACCUUUUAUCAUGAAUCCAUCCAUUUGAGUUUCCCCAAGAAAAAGCUGUCACUGAGGCAAUGUUCCAUUUCUUUUCUUGUGUCAUCUGUUGCCCCAAGACCAUUUCAUGAUUAUGAUUAUGAUUUUAAGCCUUUUUUUUGUCAUUUACUAGGAAAACCUCUUUUUUGUAAUGGAAUAUCUCAACGGGGGUGACCUGAUGUUUCACAUCCAGAUCUGCCACAAGUUUGACAUUGGCCGAGCGAGGUAAGUUGGGGUCUGUUUUUGCUGCACAUUCCUGGAGAGACAGAGAAAUUGCUCGAACGUACCAUCAGUGAUGUGGUACGGUCCUUGCAAGAGUAGAUCGUCUUGAAAUGCAUGAUGUGUACAGUCGGGAUCAUUGCAGUUUACUUUCUCCUUAGGGCCACAUUCAUGCCAAACAUUUAAAGCAGUGGUUCUCAACCUGUGCAUCCCCAGAUGUUGUUGGACUACAACUCCCAUCAUCCCUGAGCUCUGGCCUUGCAGGCUAGGGAUGAUGGGAGUUGUAGUCCAAUGAUAUCUGGGGACCCACAGGUUGAGAAAGGCUGGUUUAAAGCAUCAUGACAGCACUUUAAAGAGGCAUGGCAUUCCGCCCAGCAAAGAAUUCUGGGAGCUGUAGUUUGUUAAGGGUGCUGAGAGUUGUGAGGAGACUCCCAAGUCCCCUCACAGAACUACAAUUCCCAGAGUUCCCUGUGAAGUGGGAUUGAGCUGAGGCCAGAGAGGGCUGAAGACUGGAGUUGCCCAUUGGCAGCUCUUUACAGGAAUGUUCUCCAUUUGCAGGCUAUUUUUUAAAAAAUCUGGGGAUGUUUUCAAGCACACACACACAAACACACCCAAUGCCUGCUGAGGUGGUACAUUCCCCACCAAAGGGUUAUCCCAUGUUGGAGCCUCUUUCUGUUUCUCUCCUUAUGUAAAGGAUGCUUUUUAUUUAUUUUUUACUUCGUAAAACACACAUCAAGGACAGGGGGAACUAUCUGGGCAGCAUACAAAAUAAACAUCCCAAUUUCAAACAGAAAGUAGCAGGCAGGGACGCCAACCUGUGCUCCAGGUUAUGGGUGACCAAUGGCACCCAUGAGGUAAUGUGACAUCAUGACAUCAUGUUACAUCAACGUGCCGCAGAGGCGCUUCUGAGGCCUGGUAGGACCUCAGAUGUGACCGCCGAGGCCUCACGGGGCUUUGGAGAUCACACCGGAGGCCUGGGAAACCUCCGACACAACUUUUGGUAGAAACUGGAAGCCGCGUUGGAGCCCGCUCUGUGGGUGCCCAGCACCCACAAAAUAAUGUAUGUGGGUGCCCGGGCCCCAUGGCCCCCUAUAGUUGGCACCUAUGGCAGCACCCAUUGAAUAAUAAUAAUAAUAAUAAUAAUAAUAAUAAUAAUAAUAAUAAUUUAUUAUUUAUACCCCGCCCAUCUGGCUGGGUUUCCCCAGCCACUCUGGGCAGGUUCCAACAGAACACUAAAAUACAAUAACCUAUUAAACAUUAAAAGCUUCCCUAAAGAGGGCUGCCUUCAGAUGUCUUCUAAAAGUCUGGUAGUUGUUUUUCUCUUUGACAUCUGGUCGAACAGUUUUGUUUUAGAAAGCUGUGGUAAAAAGCUGUUUCCGUGGAACCUCUCUUUUGUUCGGCUGCUCCAGAGCACCGAGUCCCCAAAAUAAAAUAAAACACUAACCUGAAUCACAUGAAUGUAUAUAUAUAUAAAAAAACCUAGAUGGUAAACACCAACUGAAGAUUUAAAAACGGAUUGAGGCAUGAUUAAAACAAAUAGAACAAAGCAAAUAAAAUAAGCCCCGGUGCCCCGGGGAUAAUUUUUUAAAAAAUCAAUAUUGAAACCGCUUUAGGGCUUUGUUUGGAUUGAAGAGCGACUUGAAGUAAAUUAUUCAUUAGAGCCGGGUGAGCGAAGGUGACUUUGGGCGUAGAAAUCCGCCUGGCCUUCCUCUGCAAUUCCAGAGUUGGAUUUCUAAAAAACAUGGCCUGGCAAGAAUUCCACCACUCUGCUUUUCCGUGUCGCGAGGCAGGGUGGCAAAGGGAAGCCCUGGCUGAGUUUGCCCCCCUUGUGUGCAAACCCCCAAUGGCGAGGCUCUGCAAGAACUUCUGACAAGAGAGAAGUACUGUGACAAGACAGAAGUACUGUUUUGGGGGGACAGGAGGCAGGCAGGUGUGGAGGACUCCCUGGUCCUGAAUGGGGUAACUGUGCCCCUGAAGGACCAGGUGCGCAGCCUGGGAGUCAUUUUGGACUCACAGCUGUUCAUGGAGGCACAGGUCAAAUCCGUGUCCAGGGCAGCUGUUGACCAGCUCCAUCUGGUAGGCAGGCUGAGACCCUAUCUGCCCACAGACUGUCUUGCCAGAGUGGUGCAUGCUCUGGUUAUCUCUCGCUUGGACUACUGCAAUGCGCUCUAUGUGGGGCUGCCUUUGAAGGUGACCCGGAAACUACAACUAAUCCAGAACGUGGCAGCUAGACUGGUGACUGGGAGCGGCCGCCGAGACCACAUAACACCUGUCUUGAAAGACCUACAUUGGCUCCCAGUACGUUUCCGAGCACAAUUCAAAGUGUUGGUGCUGACCUUUAAAGCCCUAAACGGCCUUGGUCCAGUAUAUCUGAAGGAGCGUCUCCACCCCCAUUGUUCUGCCCGGACACUGAGGUCCAGCGCUGAGGGCCUUCUCAGUAGUGGUGCCCGCCCUGUGGAACGCCCUCCCAACAGAUGUCAAAGAGGACAACAACUGCCAGACUUUUAGAAGACAUCUGAAGGCAGCCCUGUUUAGGGAAGCUUUUAAUGUUUGAUGUAUUACAGUAUUUUAAUACUUUUUGGGAAGCCACCCAGAGUGGCUGGGGAAGCCCAGCCAGAUGGGCGGGGUAUAAAUAAUAAAUUAUUAUUAUUAUUAUUAUUAUUAUUAUUAUUAUUAUUUCCUUGAGGCGAAGCCCUUGCACGGCCUCACGGCUGCCCGGCUCCAUUACCGGGGCAGCAGCGGGUAUUUCUCCUCAGGCACCAAAAUGCCUUGGGCCGCUCCUGCAACGGGGCCUUUCUGGAGCGGUGCGCUUCUGAACUGAAGAAGAGAACUCUUAAUCCUGGGUGUAGAGAGCCGAGAAAGUUAUUGCCCCCUGGUGAAGGAACUCUGCACGUUCUCAGGAGCAUUCUCCCUAUGCAUCCCAACUGUUAUCUGGCUCAGCUCUUGCUGUUGCCAACAGUAAGGAGGGACGUCGCUAAGAAGGAAGAUGGCUGGCGGUGCCACUAUUUCUGCCAUUGUCACUCCUGGACUGGUGGCAAGGCUGUAUUCCGAUGGCAGUUUAAUUCCAUUUCCCCCAAAUACCUCUCCCCGCCACCCCUGGUCAUAGCACAUUAAUGUAGGUGUUUGCAGAAAAGUUAUUUGUCCUUUCCAUCUGACAAAAGCGGUAGGCUGUAGAUUCAUUCAGGACAGGAAAAAGAAAGUGUCCCGUAACACAGCACCUAAUUUAAGCAGUGGAACUCACUGCAACAUGAUUUGAGGAUGGCCACUGGCUUAGGGUGGAGGAUAGGUCUGUCAGUGGCUGUUAUGAAAUGAGGCCUCUAUUAUUGUUGUUGUUGUUGUGAUUAUUAUUAUUAUUAUUAUUAUUAUUAUUAUUAUUAUUGCCAUGCCUUUUUCCUUGAUGGGACUCAAGGUGGCUUACAGAUAAAAACAAUAACCACUGGACCAGUACUCUGUGGGGGGGAAGAUAUUGGAUAUUGGGUUAAAUAUGAACCAAUAAAAUUAAGCCCAACCUGUCUGAUUUUCUCAGGUUUUAUGCUGCUGAAAUCAUUUGCGGCUUGCAGUUCCUUCAUUCUCAAGGAAUCAUAUACAGGUAGGAAUUUUAUCCUUGGCGGAGAGAGAAAGAAUAAUACAAUCGUAGGAUUGCAGAGCUCGAAGGGACUCUGAGGGGCAUCUAGUUCAACCCCAGAAAUGCAGGAAUUUCAAUGCGGUUGUUGACAUCCGUCUGUCUCAGGAGAUAACGGCGGAGUGCACUUUUAGGAGAGAAGUCAAACAGCUGAAGAGUUAACAGCGCCUGCUGUGGCUGUAGAGACCGAGACAGGAGAGACAUGUUCUGUUGCAGCUGGGGCAGACGAAGGCAUCGGGUUGUGCUACUGCAGAUUCACCAGGGCAUUUCUUCUCUGUGUGCUCCUCCUAGCUGUCAUUCCUCCUCAGCUCUUCCCCACAAUACAACCCCACAAUACCGGGACUUGUACCCGAUACGACUUAACAAUUGUUCUGUGUACAGUGGCACCUCGGGUUACAUACGCUUCAGGUUACAGACGCUUCAGGUUACAGACUCCGCUAACCCAGAAAUAUUACCUCGGGUUAAGAACUUUGCUUCAGGAUGAGAACAGAAAUCGUGCGGCGGCAGCGGGAGGCCCCAUUAGCUAAAGUGGUACCUCAGGUUAAGAACAGUUUCAGGUUAAGAACGGACCUCCGGAAUGAAUUAAGUACCGUAUUUUUUGCUCUAUAAGACUCACUUUUUCCCUCCUAAAAAGUAAGGGGAAAUGUGUGUGCGUCUUAUGGAGCGAAUGCAGGCUGCGCAGCUAUCCCAGAAGCCAGAACAGCAAGAGGGAUUGCUGCUUUCGCUGCGCAGCGAUCCCUCUUGCUGUUCUGGCUUCUGAGAUUCAGAAUAUUUUUUUUCUUGUUUUCCUCCUCCAAAAACUAGGUGUGUCUUGUGGUCUGGUGCGUCUUAUAGAGUGAAAAAUACAGUACUUAACCCGAGGUACCACUGUAUAUACAGCACAUAUUGAUUAGAUAACACAUCUAGUCUUUCAAGAAAAGAGCCUUUUCAGAGAUGUUGCCUGAUCUUGCCUUGCAGAGACCUGAAGCUUGACAACGUUCUCCUAGACAAGGAAGGGCACAUCAAGAUUGCCGAUUUUGGGAUGUGCAAAGAGCACAUGGGAGGAGACGUCAAGACAAGCACAUUCUGUGGAACCCCCGAUUAUAUUGCACCAGAGGUAAGUGGGGCUAUUAGCCGUGGCAACCAAUGGAACUUCCCCAGACUAGAGGCAGAAUAUCUCUGAAUAACAGGGGUUGGGUGCAAAUGCAAGAGAAGGAUUGAACCUUUUCUGCCCACCAAUAAGCUCCCUGGAGGUAUCUGGGUGCUUGGUGUAGGGAAUGCAGUUGUGAUGGCCUGGGACUCGGGCUCGGACUCGGAACCAGAGGAGUCUCAGUCCGCACCAGAUCCUUUGCCUCAGGCAGCAUCUGAACAAAGUCUGGGGCCUGAUUCUGAAGAGCCCCAGUCUGCACAGGUUCCCCUGCAACAAACACCAGCUGGGCCGAGUCAGGGGCCUGAGCCUGCCCUGGCUCCAGAUGCGGGAAUUACCUCGUUGCCUUCAGCUGGGCCAUCACUUACAGCUGCUCCACUACCAGUUGGGUCAGGAGGCGGCCCCUGGGUCUAGUAACCCACCGACGUCUCCCGAGCUGCAGAGACUAAGGUUGGAGAGAAGGAGAGACCUGAGUACUUGUAGGAGGAGUGCUCACCUUCGGGCAAAACAGAGAGGUGAGUCGCUGGGGAUCAGGACCGGCCAUUACCCUGACAAAGAUAAAAGGCUGUCAGAUCCUGCCCCAGGUCGUGGGAGCAACAUUGCUGUUUGCUAGAACAUGCUUGAGAUCCUGUGCCUGACCUUGCCUGGUUUCCUGCCUCAUGUCUUGCCUUGCCCCUGUUGGACUGACUCCCCAUGGAACCCUUGGAUUCGGGACCGGACCUGGAGCACGUUGCCCGGGUUGCUCCUGGGGCCAGCACAGCAAUGCUCAAGGUCAUGGGGUAUCUUGUGGGCCUUCAGGUUGGACUUCAACCUUCAUCACCCCAGCCAGCAUGGUCAACAGGCAGGGGCACAGCAGGGCUGAAGCUCAGUGGUAGAAUCACAGAAUUGUAGGGUUGGAUGGGACCCCAUGAGUCAUCUAGUCCAACCCCCUGAAGUGCAGGAAUCUCAACUAAAGUAUCCAUGGCAGAUGGCCUUCCAGCCUCCAAGAAAGGAGAGCCCUUCACCUUCCAAGGGAGUCCAUUCCAGCUCUUACCAAUAAUUGGAAUCUCCUUUCUUGUAACUUGAAUCCAUUGUUUCAGGUCCUACCCUCCAGAGCAGGAGAAAACAAGCUUGUGGAGGCGGGUGUGGAGGACUCUCUGGUCCUGAAUGGGGUAACUGUGCCUCUGAAGGACCAGGUGCGCAGCCUGGGAGUCAUUUUGGACUCACAGUUGUCCAUGGAGCCGCAGGUCAAUUCUGUGUCCAGGGCAGCUGUCUACCAGCUCCUCCUGGUACACAGGAUGAGACCCUAUCUGCCUGUGGACUGCCUCGCCAGAGUGGUGCAUGCUCUGGUUAUCUCCCGCUUGGACUACUGCAAUGCGCUCUAUGUGGGGCUACCUUUGAAGGUGACCCGGAAACUACAACUAAUCCAGAAUGCGGCAGCUAGACUGGUGACUGGGAGCAGCUGCUGAGACCACAUAACACCGGUCUUGAAAGACCUACAUUGGCUUGCAGUACGUUUCCAAGCACAAUUCAAAGUGUUGGUGCUGACCUUUAAAGUCCUAAACGGCCUCGGUCCCGUAUAUCUGAAGGAGCGUCUCCACCCCCAUCAUUCUACCCAGACACGGAGGUCCAGCGCCGAGGGCCUUCUGGCGGUUCCCUCGCUGCGAGAAGCCAAGUUACAGGGAACCAGGCAGAGGGCCUUCUCGAUAGUGGCACCCACCCUGUGGAACGCCCUCCCAGCAGAUGUCAAAGAGAAGAACAACUACCAGACUUUUAGAAGACAUCUGAAGGCAGCCCUGUUUAGGGAAGCUUUUCAUGUUUGAUGCAUUACUGUAUUUUAAUAUUUUGUUGGAAGCCGCCCAGAGUGGCUGGGGAAGCCCAGCCAGAUGGGUGGGGUAUAAAUAAAUAAAUUAUUAUUAUUAUUAUUAUUAUUAUUAUUAUUAUUAUUAUUAAUUUCCAUGUGACAGCCCUUGAGUUAUUUGAAGAUGGCUAUUAUAAUCGGUCGCUUCUUAUCCAGGCUAAUCAUACCCAACUCCCUCAACCGUUCCUUAUAAGGAUUGGUUUCCAGACCCUUGAUCAUCUUGGUAGAGCAUCUGAUUAACAUAGAGAAGGUCCCAGGUUCAAAUAUCUGAAGGACUGCCACAUGGUAGAUAGAGCAAUCUGUGAGCCAGCCCCCGCGUGUGUGGGGAGGGCAUGGGCCCGCAACCCCACCUCCUCUCCAGUUCGGAAGUGGCUUUAGCUCAUUGCAAGGAGGCCAGCUCUUACUAAUAAGCUUUCUUCACUUCUCCAUCCCUUUUCCAUUAAAGAUUCUGCUGGGGCAGAAAUACAACAUGUCCGUUGACUGGUGGUCCUUUGGAGUCCUUCUGUACGAGAUGUUGAUUGGUCAGUCUCCCUUCCAUGGUCAGGACGAAGAGGAACUCUUCCAGUCGAUCCGCAUGGACAGCCCGUUCUACCCUCGAUGGCUUGACAAGGACGCAAGGGACCUUCUUGUGAAGGUCAGGUCAAGUAGAGAGGGAGGCAGGGAUGGAGGAAGGAUUGGACUGAGCAAGAUCCCUUUCUACAGGAAUAAUUCUCCCCAGCAUUUCCUCACCUUUUCCUCAUAUUGGUUCCUUUGCACUAAAUACGGUCAUUUUUCCUGAUGGAAUUUACUUUUAAAGAUAAAAUAAGAAUUUAUCUUUAAGGGUGUCUCCAGACUGCCUCUGUUUUGGGGUCACAGUGGUACCUCAGUUUAAGUACUUAAUUCGUUCCGGAGGUCCAUUCUUAACCUGAAACUGUUCUUAACCUGAAGCACCACUUUAGCUAGUGGGGCCUCCUGCUGCCGCCGCACUGCCAGAGCAUGAUUUCUGUUCUUAUCCUGAAGCAAAGUUCUUAACCUGAAGCACUAUUUCUGGGUUAGCGGAGUCUGUAACCUGAAGCGUAUGUAACCCGAGGUACCACUGUAUAUCGCCCUUCACCCGUAGAUCUCAGGGCAAUCCACAACAUAAAAAUGCAAGAUAAAAAGCACAAAAUACAUAAUAAAAACAAGAAGCAAACAACAGUCAGUGCUGUGUUUUUUUUUAAUUUGGCAUUCUUUCAAUUUCCAGCUUUUUGUAAGAGAACCGGAAAGGAGACUGGGAGCCAAAGGGAACAUCCGCCAACAUCCCUUUUUCCAAGAGAUCAACUGGGAAGCCAUUGAAGCGAGAGCAGUCGAACCCCCUUUCAAGCCUAGAGUGGUGAGAGAGAGGGGAAAAAAACCUUAACCUUUCUGAGUUUCUUUGCUUCUCUUCGCAACUAAAAAUGAAUGAUCCCUUGCAGAUCAGAGGGGAGGUGGUUGAGUUUCCUUGUUUGUGGACUCCAGAUAAUCUUACCAUGUUUAGACUCAUUUUUUUUAGAUUCAGAUAGGUAGCCUGGUCUGACGCAGUCAAAAUAAAAAUAAAAAUUUUUCCAGUAGCAGCUUAUAGACCAACUAAGUUUGUUCUGGUAUAGGCUUUCGUGUGCAUGCACACUUCUUCAGAUGCACACAAAAGCUCGUACCAGAACAAACUUAGUCGGUCUAUAAGGUGCUACUGGACAAUUUUUUAUUUAAUUUUUUUUAUUUAGACUUUUUGGUUUGCUUGUUUUAAAAAUUAUUUCUAUGCAACCUUUCAUAUACCGUAUAUAUUUUUAAAAAUGCCAGGGCAGCUUCAAGGGUGAUAAAACAGCGUUGAACAAAAAAGAUAUCUGAAAUAUACUCGGAGUCGAGUAUGGAUUUCAUGCUCUUUAUUCAGCUCAUAGUAGUGAGGAAUGCAAGUUCCCCCGAAAUGUCUGCUUUAUAUACAUUAUUUACACAAUGGGCCCCACAUGAUUGGCUAAUUCCGGGAUUCUCCUAUAGGCCAAUCAGGUUGCGGAUUCACCUAAACCUGGAGUUGGAUUGGGUGGCUCCUGCAGAUCAAUCAGACUGCUGCAUUCUGGAUCCUAUUGUUCUAGGACCAAUCAGACUGCUGCAUUUUGGAUCCUAUUCAACUCAGUACAUAACAAUAUCAAACAUCAGUUACAGUUGCAGCAGCGAGAGAAGCCAGGGGGAGGCUGAUCCAUUAGGGCAAAUGGGGCGCAACCCCACCAGCUUUGCCCAGCCCUCACCUGUCUGUCUUCUUAUUUACAACCAGUCCAGAAGGUGCUGCUGCUUGCCAGUUUUCUCUCAAGCUUGCCUCUUAUAGAACUCAAUAGCAGAGAGGAUGGGCACAAAAGUAGAGCUCAUUGGUUCUGGCGCCACCUACUGUUGGGCUCCUUUCCUUCUGCCCAAUGGGUCCCAAUGGCCACCGACCACCACUGCAGACAGGAAGAGCUUGGAAGAAUCACUAAAGGCUUGGAGGACUACAAAUUCCAUCACCCUUCAUCCUGGCUGGGGCUGAUGGGAGUUAGAGAGCCACAGGGAUCCCUGGCCCUGUUUUUAAAGGUAUAAGAGCAUCUUCUUAAUGCAGGGGCAGGUGCCAUAUUGCCCCCUCAAGGUUGCUGGACUCCCAUCUGCCUAGCCGGUAGUCAGAGAUGAUGGGAGUUGUAGUCAAACAACAAUAUCUGGAAAACGCCACAUUAGCUUAAGCAAUGUUUCUUAAACUUGGGUCUUUAGCUGUCGAUGGACUACAACUCCCAUCAUCCCUGACCACUGGUCCUGCUAGCUAGGGAUGAUGGAAGUUGUCGUCUGCUGGAGACCCAGGUUUGAGAAACAUUGUGCAACUCUCCCGAUUCCAUUUCUGAUGUUUCUAACUCCGUUUUCCCUCUCCCUUCUGCAAGAAAUCCCCGGGCGACUGCAGCAACUUCGACAAAGAAUUUCUGAACGAGAAACCCCGGCUGUCGUGCGGGGACCGGAGCCUCAUCAACAGCAUGGACCAAAACAUGUUCCGAAGCUUUUCCUUUACCAACCCCAUCAUGGAAAAGUUGCUCUCCUGA